CACAUGUACGGGGGACUGUCGCUAUUUCGAGCGCUGGCCACGUGGCCCGGGCCGUUGCCUAAAUUUGGCGGCUGGGCCCAGUUUCAGACUGGCAGCGACCCGAGAGGAGCGGCUGCGACCCCGGGGGUUCCUACUCGUAAGUUGCCAGCAGCCCAAUCACAACAACCGCGUGUUGUUGACCCGUUGGACCCGCGGCAGGUGGCCGCCGCAUCCCGGAGCCAUGGCGAGCAGCGCGUCCACCACCACCACCAUCAGCAGCAUCGCGGUGCAGUCGGGCAAUACCGGCUCGUGAUAGCCCUCCUGCAGUCUGGCGACGUCCUGGAGCUGCGUAUCCAGGAGUUGUCGCCGGAGAUGAGCGACGUGGGAAGCAACUACGAAGAGGCGCUCCACCUACAGCAGCAGCACCAGCAGGUCCUUCAGAAGCUACAGAACAAGCAGAGCCCCGUCGAGGAGCUGCUGAGCCAAGCGGAUGAGCUGAUCGCAAACCAAAAGCCCAAAGCACAGGUGUACUCAGCUAUGGCACACAACCUUGGCCUGGCGUGGAAGAACCUGAACGCCCAGUUGGAGCACCGAAGUAUCGUGCUCGAAACCGCCGUACAAUACCACGCCGCGGCCAAGAAGCUGUCCGAUGAACUGACUAAGGGUGAGCAAGAAUUCUCGGACACCGUGUUGCCAGACCAUGUUGCGGCGUGUGAAGCUCGCCUGCAGAAGCUGAAUGAAGCGCGCAAAGCCAUCCUCGAGGCAUCCAAGCGGAGCCUCCAGCCAUUCCAGAACCUGCUGCAGACGCUCAAGGAGGUAGCCAGCACGGGCGACUCGCGACCCCUGCAGCCGGCGGCCGCCCUGGCUUCCAUAGCGGCCCUCGAGAGCCAGCACGAAAAUCUCCAGGACCAGCGGCGGAAGCUGGGCCUGCUGUGCGAGGCAAGGAAAGAGGCGCUCGAGAAGCGGCUCCGAGCCCUGAUGCUGAGCAAGGAACUUGACGAGGUGGAGCGUCAACUGGACCACAGCCCCGAAGAUGCAGCCUUGGGCGAUUCCCCUGCGAGCAGCGAAAUACUUCUCCACGAGCACACGACGAGGAUCGCCUCCGCCAACGAGAAAUUGCGAGAUCGAAUGCUGAAACUGCUCAAGUCUGCCAAGCAAAUUCAAGACGCGGAGGUUGAAGCCCGCGCCUUUAACCUGAUGGCGCGCGUGACGAGCCGCAUCGAACGCGACGAGGCCCGGAAGAAGGACCUCAAAGAGGCGGUGGAAUUCUUCAACGAAGCCCAAACGGCCCUCAACAAAUUGGACCAGCUCCAAAUUCAAGUUUCCCAAGGUCCCGUUCAAGACGUGGCUGCAGCGACCGCGCUUUUGGAUGCGUGCGUCGAAAGACCUCUCCUCCUCGGCCAUGGCAUCCUGACCCGCUUGUCUGUCGGCACCAGUGGCGUUCAAGACAAGGUCGAUGAACUCCAAUGCCGGCACCUGCAAGUGAGGCAGAUGUACGAGCAAAAAGCGGCAGAUGUCGUGGAGAGCAGCGAGCGCGCAAUUAGCUUCUUGACACAGUGCAAUAGUCUGUACAAGUGGUGCAUCGAGAUCGUACAGACGUUCCUGGAGCGGAAUAGCCAUCUUGACAUUGGAGCACCAGCUGCUCACGAUUUCUUGCAAAGACACCAGAAGAUGCUAAAUGAGCUGCAAGCCAGAGAGCCACAGAUGACGAUGUUACUAGCGCAGGACGAUUCAAGGUCCAAAGAGCUUCUUCAGCUAUGGCAGCACCUACGUAGCCUCCUGGAGCAACGCAUUCGAAUUGCCCAACGAUACCUGAGCUGCUGCAAACUGUCUACUGAGUUGAUGGAAGACUUGAAGACAAUGGGCGACGCCGGUCCGGAGCGGCAAGCUUCCAUCAACGAAAAUUUCAUGCAGUUUGAUCACAACGCAAACAAUUUUCUGCACGAUGCCCAAAGAAUUCAGGACACGUGCUUAGAUGUCACAAAAGCGGUGCGCCACAUCCAAGAAACACUGGACCAAUGCCAUCAGCUGAAGAACAAUCCUGGCAGUAAUACGGAACAACUGAUCAAAGAUGCCCAAAAAACCAUGGAGUCAGCAGUAAAGAUCGAGUCGGAGCUGUACCCUGCCAUACCUCGGGAACUGAAUCGGGCCGAGACCAUCGCGCAGUACUUGGGACGACAUCUAGACACAUUGAUGCCUCUAGUCAGGACGAUCCAGUCAGAGCUGGAUGCGAGGAUCGAAGCGACGUCUACACUUCAGAGGAAGGAGCACCUCAUUCAGCAACUGCGUUCGACUCAACAGAGUUUUCGAAGAAACAUCUCUCAGUAUCAAGACUUGGUCAGGGCCAUGAUAAGUUUUUUUGACUACUUCGCUCAGCUGGAGAAGAAACUUCAAGAAACCCACGAAUAUGAAGCCUUACUGGCAGAGGCUAAGCAACGAGCAGAGCACUUGGCAACGUUAGUUGACAAAACUGAACCGAGCGAGGCGGCGGUGCUGGACCGCGACAAAAUCCACUCGUUGGUGGACAACCAAGGCGCGCUGCUGGUGGCCAGUCUGCGCAAGUCACACCAAGAUUCGCAGAUGAGUAAGUUCAACGACGAGCUUCACCUGAUCAACCAGCAGGUGCGUGAGCUCACCGAUUCGCUGAAGCGAGACUCCUCCAAGUGCCACGUCGUGGAGUUCCAGCAGCGCAUUCAGUCCCUGGAACGAAGAAUCGAGGUGCUCAGUACCUCCUCCCGCCUGCAGACCGACAGCGCGCGGAUGGAACUUGAAGAGCUCACAUCUCGAUGGCGAAAUUUCCACAAGGAAGCUAUGGCAGCGCCCCCACCACAGCCUCAGCCUAUCGACAAGAAGAUGCAGGAAGUGAAAGAAGUGUGCGGACCGUCGUUCGUGGUGCCCCUGGAUGACGUUGAAGUGCAAGAAGGCGCGAAAUGCAGCCUCGUAUGCGUACUGGCCGGGCAUCCACCUCCAACGGUUCAGUGGUACAAGGAUGGUGUGUCCAUUCGCGGGAACUCGGACUACGUCACCACGAGCCAGCAACUUGAGGACGGUACGACAGAGCAGAGGCUGACCAUAGAGGAAACCCUCGCCGAUGACUCAGCCAAGUUUUGCUGCAAGGCUAUCAACGCUGCGGGUCUGGCCGAAACGUCGUGCCGCCUGAGCGUCCGAGAGCAACCACGCGACAGCGCCCUGGAAGAAGUGUUCAUCGAAGCCCUGGAAGAGCACACUACGCAGACGGUCGGCGGGGUGCUGACGGAGCCGACGUUCGUGCAGCCGCUUCCGGCCAUCACCCAGUUGCGGCCCGGCGAAGAGCUGCGCCUCGAGUGCACCGUGCAGGGCAGGCCCGAGCCGCGCGUCUCCUGGUCCAAGGACCUGCUGCCCGUGCGGGACGCCGCCAAGCCCACCCAGGAGCAAGGAAGAGCGCGGCUGCUGCUCGCUGGCGCAACCGAGGGUGACUCGGGCACCUACACGGCCGUCGCCAAAAACAAGGCCGGGGAGACGGCCUGCUCCUGCCAAGUGAAAGUGGCCGAGGACGCUCCGCCGCAAGAGCCUCCGCGAGUGCUCAAGGCGCUGGAGGACCUGGAAGUCAAGCCCGGACCGGAUCCCGUCACGCUGGAAUGCAUCAUUGUUGGGCGGCCCGAACCAGAGGUAAUUUGGUACCACAACACACAACCUAUCAAGGAGUCCGAGCGGGUGCGACUUUUGUUCCGCGGAGACAAGUGCUCUCUUUUGUUCAACGGCAUGGGCACCCAGAACGCCGGCACAUACCGCUGUUCAGCGGUUAACCCUAUGGGCAGCUGUUACACGGAGUGUAAAGUGCGUGUGCCGCUCUCCGCUCCCGUGUUCCUGGAGCCUCUCAGAGAUGUGACCACGGAUGAAGGCUGCCGUGUGGUGCUCACUGCCAAGUUGUGGGCGCCGGAGCCUCCCUUCGUGCACUGGUUCAAGGAUGGCAGAGAACUGCUGCCCAGCCCAGAUUUCCAGGUCAGCCACGACCCGGACGGAACCGUGAAGCUACUGAUUCCCAAGGUGGCAGGCAACAACAGCGGUCAUUACGAAGUAGAGGCCAGUAACCCCGGAGGACGCACGCGCACAGGCUCCAAGAUGCACGUUCGCGAAUCUCAGAAGGCGGUCCAGGCGGCUACCACCACCCAGCUAGCGGUGUCGAGGACGUCGAAGCAGACCGUGUCUGUUUCCAAGAGUGGCUCGGAGCUGCGGCUAGCCCGUUCGCUGCCUUCCGAGCUGGUGGUGCAGAGUGGAACCAAGGUGUGCCUAAGCGUGGCCAGUGCGCAGCCGCCCGGUGGCCAGUUGACUGCCUCAUGGUUUCGGUCGGGUCAGCCUAUCACUGACUCACCAGACUUCCGGCUAACCCGGUCACUGGAGAACGUGGCCGGCACGUCACUGGCCGUGUUCAGUCUGACCAUCUCUGAGGCCUUCCCUGAGGACUCUGGCGACCUUGAAGUGCGCGUGCAAGGUCCUAAUGGCGUUGUGACCGCGGACACCAAGCUAGUUGUGCUUGACGAAGACGACGAAGGAACUGACAACGUGCAAAGGCGCGACGAGGGCAUCCAACAAGCGAGCGAGGUAAAAGUGUACGAGACAAAGCUGCCUCGACCGGGGCCAGGAGACUCAACUGGAUUGGCUCUGUCGGGAGACCUGCAAAUGCGCGUGACUGAAGUGACGCAUGUGAACGAGAUGCCACCGGAGGUGUCUGAAGAGACUACCACCAAAAUAGUGGACAAUGCAAGUGCCAAAGACAAAGUCACAGAAGAAGUUACCCGCCGAGUGACCAAGAGAGUCACUGAGAUUACCAAGACCCAAACUAAAGAGCUGAGCACCAGUCGGGCCAGCCGCGCGGCGGGGCCCUUGGGGCGCGUCGAGCCUAUCCCGGUGGCCCCGGAGCCCAAAUUCGACAUCCUGGAGCCCAAGUACGAUGCCCCGCUGUUGGGCAGCAGGCCCAUCCGCGCGCCGUCGCCCGUGCAGCCGGAAGAGAGCCGACCGUCGCUGUUCGAGCCGCUCUCGGUGCGCACCAGCUUCUGCCUAGAGACGGGCCAAUUCCAGAGUCCGCGCUCCAUCAUUCGCACCAAGACGGCCAGCCCCGUGUGGAGUCCCAAGAAGAAGGCCGUGGUAAUCGCCGAGAAUCCGGCAACUGGUCAGCGCGUGUCGGCACCUAUCUUCCUGCAGGGUCCCGAGGACGUGUACGCGGCGCCAGGGCAGCCGGCGACGCUGCGCGCGCUCGUCACGGGCUGCCCGGCUCCGCGGCUGCGCUGGUUCAAGGACGGCCAGCCCGUGCACGGACCCGACCACGUGGUGGGUCAGCCGUCCGGUCCGGCCCCUUGGACCGCCUGGCUCAGUAUCCCCGAGGCCUUCCCCGAGGACUCAGGCGUCUACGUGUGCACAGCGUCCAACCUGGUGGGCAACACGAGCGCCUGCUGCAGGCUCACCGUCUUCGAAACCGGGAUGGUCGUGCAGCCGGCCCACACGUGGGGGCCUCCGAACGCCAGCCCGCCCACGUUUGAGCCAAUCACACAGGGCGGCGGGCUGCUGUACGAAGGAUCUGAUGCCAAGUUCCAGGUCAAGGUACAUGGGAACCCACCUCCCGAGGUGGUGUUCACGCGGCGGGGCAUGCCGCUGCGCAACGACCCGAGGCGCCAGGUGACUUACGACCCGACGACAGGCAUCUGUUGCCUGCACAUUCGCAACCUGACAGCCGAGGAUGACGGCGACUACAAUUGCUCGGCCGUCAACAUUGCGGGCGAGGCCUCGCUUACCCUUACCAUCCGCGCGGCGGCGGCAGCUGUUAUGCGUGGUCAGAUGCAACAGAUGACGACAGUUCAAAGGACACAAGUCAUCGAUUCGAGGACACAAGUGCAAGAUGGCGUUUCGCCGAUCCACUACUUUGCUGGUCACGACCAGACUUUCAGAGUGGACACAUUCGAGUACCGGCUCUUACGCGAAGUGGAGUUCCGCCAGUUCCUGAUUGGACGCGAGCAGGCUCCUCUACCGGCCAUUCCGGGCGCGCCCAUUUCUGCACCUCAGAUUCAGGCACGACCUCGCAACUCCAAGCUUCUGGAAGGAUCCGAUGCCACGUUCACAGUUAAAAUCGUCUCCAAUCCUCCAGCACAGGUUUAUUGGUUCCGAAACGGCGAGCGCCUUCAAGCAUCGCAGAGGGUGAUCAUGGAGCAGCAAGGCUCGACUUACAUUCUCCGUAUCCACAUGGCUCUGCCGGAAGACGCUGGCUAUUACACAGUCCUCGCAGAAAAUAAUCAAGGCUGCGUUGCCUGCUCUGCGCACUUGGUUAUAGAAUCUAUGCCUAAGGCCGAGGAGCCAAGACAGGCAGACUCAUCCAGCUUCGUUAUGACAGAAACAUCACGAACGCUCAAGCCCAGCUUUAUCAAAAUACCUCAGGACCAGGAGGUCACCGAAGGCAAGAUGGUGCGCUUCGAUCUGCGUGUAUCGGGACGGCCAUUCCCAGACAUAGCAUGGUUGCGGAACGGGGUUCCCGUCAACGACGACGCCAAGCACAAGCUGCUGGUCAACGAAGGAGGUCAGCACGCACUCAUGAUCACGGCGGCAUCCCGGGAGGACGCUGGAACGUGGACUUGCAUCGCCAACAACAAAAGCGGCGAGUGCCGCUUUGAAGUACACCUUGUGGUCAUCGAAAAGGAGCAGGUGGUGGCACCCAAGUUCGUCGAGCGCUUCCAGUCACUGAACGUGCGUGAGGGCGAGUCUGUGACGCUGCACUGCCGUGCCGUGGGUACGCCGACACCGCGCAUUACCUGGCAGAAGGACGGCCGACAGGUCCACUCACAGCCGCCCGACCUUAUUAUUGAGACACAAGAAGGAAGCUCAGCAUUGUACAUGAACCGUGCCACCGUCUCAGAUUCAGCGUGGUACCAGUGCACUGCGCAAAACCAAGCGGGUUCGACGGCGACAAGGGCACGACUACAUGUGAUAGCUGAACCGAAGAAGCACAGCGAGCCAUGGUCGCUUCACCUUCCCAAGCCAAGUAAAGUUAUCUCGCCCGAGAAGUCGCCACCGCGCGAAACCAUCUGGCUGCGUCACGUGGAGCGUGCCUAUCAGCCAGUGCGGGGACCGGAUGACGAGAGGGCACCCCAGAAGCCGGCCUUCACUACACACUUGCAGGACUUGAUCUUGCACGAGGGCGAGCGCGGCCACCUCGACGCUAGGCUGAUUCCCAUCGGGGACGAAACCAUGAUCAUUGAAUGGUUUUGUAACGGACGCCCUAUUGAAGCAAGCUCCCGUGUAAUGACCACGUAUCGCUUUGGAUAUGUGGCGUUGACGCUUCUGCAUGUCUAUCCUGAGGAUUCUGGCGUAUACGUCUGCCGGGCAGCCAACGAAGCCGGAGAGGCGACGACCACGGCCACACUGCGAUGCACAGCUCGGCCAGCAAUCGAACGCAAAGCUAUCCAAGAGGACAGUAUCAGAGCCAUUCAGGAACUGGAAGACGCCGAGAAAUACUCCCGACAACUCUCCAUCGACGAGACCGCAACUCUUACAAAGCCUGUGUUUAUCAGGCCACUGAGCAACAAGGACAACCUUCUCGAAGGAUCGAAUUGCCACUUCGAAGCCCAGCUGACUCCUGUAAACGAUCCCACUAUGAAGGUGGAAUGGUUCCUUAACGGCCAGCCACUGACAACAGGGUCGCGCAUCAACAGCACUUUCAGCUUUGGCUACGUCGCCCUGAACAUCAUGUCACUUCGUUAUGAGGAUUCCGGAGUGUACAUGUGCAGGGCCACUAACGCCAAGGGAGAGGCUGUCUCUACAGCGACCUUGAGGGUGAAAGCGCAAGGCCUUGUCACUGGAGACUUGGGCAUUCCGGAGCAAGAGGCUUACAUACGAAAGACGCAGGAGCUGGAAGCAUAUCAAAUGGCCCAGCACGCGCCUAAGGAAAUAAUUUUCGAACCGGUUUCAACUAUGAAGCCCAACUUUAAGACAGGUCUAAGGGAUCAGCUGAAUGUCAAGGAGAACAUCACAGUGCACUUCGAAGCUCGCCUCGAGCCUAGUGGAGAUUCGUCGAUGCGCGUCGAAUGGUUCAAAGAUGGACGUCCACUGGAAGCUAGCUCUCGAACUACGACUUUCUUCAACUUUGGUUACGUUUCUCUAACAAUUCGUGGAGUCGAGGCUCGCGACUCGGGUGUGUACACCUGCCAAGCGACCAACUCCAUUGGCUCCGCCACUACGCAGGCCCGCCUGAUCUGCGUGUCUCAAGCGUCAAUUGUUAAGGAGACUCAGCACCCUGGUGGCCUUCAGAAGAUCCAGCAUCUGGAAGAUUCCUCGCACUACCAACGAUCCGAAUUCGAAGAGGUCUCCAUAAAGGAUAAGGCAAAGUUCACACAACCGCUUCAAGGACCCAAUUCCAUAAAGGAAGGACAAAGUGUCCAUCUCGAGACACGCCUGGAACCAAUGGGGGAUCCCGACAUGAAAGUUGAAUGGUUCCACAAUGGUCGUCCACUGGCUACUGGUCAUCGCUUCAAGACGUACUUUGACUUCGGAUACGUCGCUUUAGACAUUUUAUAUACAUUCCCCGAAGAUACUGGCACCUUCGAAGUCCGUGCCACCAACAAACUUGGAACGGAUGUACUGAAGAAGGAGAUUCACGUUCAAGCAAAAGCUGCCGUUGACACAAGCGCAAUCCACGAAGUAGGGCUUGACAAAAUUGAGUACCUUGAGGGGUCGGGUGUCGACCACAGCGGCUACCACAUCGAAGAAGUGACAAGGACUAAGCCGUACUUUAAGGUUCCCCUGAAAGAUCCCAAGGGACCACUGAAAGAGGGAGAGUCUGUUGUAAUGGAGUGUGCCAUUGAGCCUGUCCAGGACCCGACUAUGAAGGUUGAAUGGUUUUUCAACGGUCGCCCGCUGCCAAGUGGUCAUAGGUUCAUUACGAAGUACGACUUUGGCCGGGCAUUCCUUCAGAUCUUAAACCUGGUUGCAGAAGAUACCGGGCAGUACACUCUGCGAGCGACCAAUCAUCUUGGAUCUGCGCAUUCAACCUCAUGCAUCAAAGUUAUUGGUAAGUCCGGUGUAAUCACCGAGUCGCAGUACCCAGAAGGCUGGGAAAAGAUCCAGCACCUGGAAGACCACUCGCGCUACACCCGCCAGGAGCACCAGGAAAGCAUCAUCACCCAGAAACCCACAUUCAGCCGACCGCUGCAUAACGUGGAAACUGUAGAAGGCGCCAAUGUACACCUAGAGUGCCGGCUGCAGCCUGUUGGCGAUCCCACCAUGCGGGUCGAGUGGUUCAGAAACAGUGUGCCUAUCAAAGUCGGACAUCGAUUCAGGCCUGCACACGAGUUUGAUUACGUUGCCUUGGACAUCCUGAGCUUCUAUCCAGAGGAUUCGGGCAUCUACACGUGCAAGGCUACCAGCUCGCUUGGUGAAAACGUGACAUCUUGCAGCGUAAACUGCUUCGCCAAGUCACAGCUCAUUUUGGAGUCCCAGCACCCUGAAGGUCUUCAAAAAAUACAGCAGCUGGAAGACCAGUCCCGCUACCGUCGCGAGAUCAUCGAGGAGACAACGGUUAAAACCAAGCCUACCUUCACAUCCAAUAUGACGUCUGUUAGCCUUCGCGAAGGACAGAAUGCCCACCUGGAGUGCCGGCUUGAGCCCGUGAACGAUGCCGACCUCAGGGUCGAAUGGUUCCACAAUGGCGUCUCGCUUCCCAUCGGCCAUCGGUACCGACCCUUCCAUGACUUUGGUUAUGUUGCACUCAACAUCCUGUCACUUGUGCCUGAGGAUUCAGGAACUUACACCGUGCGUGCCACAAAUUCUCUCGGAAAGGCCGAGAUUUCCACUACAAUUCUUGUCGAAGGAAAGUCGUCCGUUGACACGGAAACUCAGCAUCCUGAGGGACUGCAGAAGAUCCGGGCCCUCGAAGGCCACCACUACGAGCGAGACACUGGGGACCUUGACCAGUCUGUUACUACAGCACCUGUGUUCACGUCGGCUCCCAAGUCCAUCGUUGUUCAAGAGGGACAAAAGGCACAUCUUGAGUGCCGCCUGAUUCCAGUGGGAGAUCCCAAGCUCAAGGUUGAGUGGUUCAAGAAUGGCCAGCCGGUUCCGGCGGGAUCCCGUUUCGUCGAGAUGUGCAAUUUCGGCUUCGUGUCUCUGGACAUCCUUAGCACGUAUGCUGAGGACUCCGGCACCUACACCUGCAAGGCCACGAAUCAGUUGGGAGAAGCUGUUGUAUCUGCCCAGCUCAAGUGUCACGCUGAAAAAUCGCUGAUACUGGACACGCAAAACCAGGAAGCUUAUGAAAAGAUCCAGCAGCUUGAAGACUAUGGACGGCAAGUAAGGCCUGCCUACGUAGAAGAGAUUACAACGCAAGCACCCGUGUUUACACAAGCUAUGAAGAACCUGAGUCUCAAUGAAAACCAGAGUGCUCAUUUUGAGUGCAAGCUCAUACCAGUAGGUGACCCCCAUCUGAAGGUGGAGUGGUUCCACAAUGGACUUCCUCUGCAGAAAGCUAACCGAGUGAACACCAUUCAUGACUUUGGAUUCGUCGCUCUUGACUUGAGUUACGUCAAGGCAAUAGACUCGGGCACUUACACUUGCAAGGCAACCAACUCUCUGGGAUCUGCUGUUUGUUCAGCCACUCUGAACGUCCAAGAUUCUAAAUCUCUGGUGCUCGACACUCAACACCCCGAGGGACUUCAGAAGAUUCGACAGCUUGAAGAACUCGGACGCUACAAGCCAGAAGUAACGCAAGAAGCCCCAUGCCCUGGUCCACCGAUGUUUGUCACGCAAUUACAGGGCCCAAGCCGCCUUACAGAAGGUGAAAGUGCCCACCUUGAAUGUCGCAUUGCCCCAUACCCCGAUUCCACCAUGAAGGUUCAGUGGUUCCACAAUGGCGUCGAGCUGCAGUCUGGCCAUCGUUACCGAACAAUGUACGACUUCGGUUUCUGCGCCCUGGACAUUCUAUCCGCAAAUGCUGAGCACUCUGGCGAAUACGUAGUCCAGGCCACAAAUGAACUUGGUACCGCAAGGUCCAUGGCACGCAUUCAUGUCGAUGCCAAAGGAGGCGUCAUCCUCGAAAGCCAACAACCAGACGCCCUGCCGAAGAUAAAACAGCUAGAGGAAUCGUGUGGUUACAUUAGACCAACGCAGGAGGAAGUUGUUAUUAAGGAGAAACCUAACUUUGUUCGUGGUCUUUACAACCUGGAUACUCUGCAGGAAGGACAAAGCGCUCAUCUAGAGGCUACAUUGACACCAAUAAAUGACGCGAAUAUGAAGGUCCAGUGGUUCCAUAACGGCGUUGAAAUUCCGCUCGGCCACAGAUUCAAGACAGUGUCUGAUUUUGGCUAUGUUGCCCUCAACAUUCUCUACGCGUACCCAGAAGAUUCCGGUACAUACAUGUGCAAGGCGACCAACAAACUCGGGGAAGCCGUCACUACAUGUUCCAUUAACGUUCUCGGAAAAUCUGCCAUUGUGACCGACACGUAUCAUGAGAAAGGCCUGGAGAAAAUCAGGCAACUUGAGGAGUACCAGGUUCCAGAGAAGCCCGAGCAAGUGGUUCAGCUGCAGCGGCCGGUGUUCACAGUACCUCUCAACUCAGUGGAUGGUCUCGUUGAAGGACAGAGCGCGCACAUGGAGUGCAGGCUUGAGCCCAUCAAUGACGCUGAUCUCAAAGUUCAGUGGUACGUGAAUGGCGUCGAAAUCAGGCCAGGACAUCGUUUCAGAACAACGCAUGACUUCGGGUAUGUGGCCCUUGACAUAUUGUAUGUGUAUGCUGAAGACAGUGGGCCCUACAUGUGCAAGGCAACCAACUCUCUCGGUGAAGCUGUUACAACGUGCAACCUGCGGGCGCUCCCCAAGCAAAAGAUCUUCUAUGAUACACAUCACCCGGAGGGUCUUGAGAAAAUACGAGAGCUGGAGGCACAAGUGAAGUACCAGACAGCCGAAAUUCAAGAGAAGCCCGUUUCAAAGCCUGUGUUCAUCACUGAGCUAAGGGGAACGCAGGAGAUCUCAGAAGGCGAAAGUGCACACUUGGAGUGUCGCGUGGAACCUGCCCACGACGCCAAGUUGAAGAUUGAGGUUCUUCACAAUGGAAGGCCUCUUACAGCUGCGACCCGCGUCCACAUUACCAGUGAUUUCGGCUAUGUGGCAAUAGACCUGAGCAGCGGCAUCCCAGAGGACUCCGGCACUUACACGGUCCGAGCCACUAACGACCUCGGAACAGCUGAAACAACGGCCACGCUGCGUGUUCUGCCCAAAUCCAGCAUCAUCUCCGACACCCACCACCCAGAAGGACUUGCUAAGAUCAGGGAAAUGGAAGAUGAGGCUCGCUUUAAGACUGAAGUCAUUCAGGAACCAGUCACCUUCCAGAGGCCUGUAUUCACGGUUCCUUUACAAAACCUGGAAAACCUCGUAGAAGACCAGAGAAACGUACAUCUGGAAUGCAGACUAAUUCCCGUCGGAGAUCCUACUCUCAAUGUCCAGUGGUUCUUCAAUGACACGCCACUAAUGGAAGGUACGAGAUUCCACCCAGUCCACGACUUUGGCUAUGUUGCUCUUGACAUGGACUACGUGCGUCCAGAAGACACCGGCGUCUAUGCGUGCAAAGCCACCAAUUCUUUGGGUCAGGCGGUGACCACGUGUAUGCUUAAAAUUAAACCCAAGGCCUCCAUUCUGUUGGACACCCUGCAACCCCAGGGUUAUGAGAAGAUUCGCGAGCUGGAAGACUUGAAGGGUCAGAAGCCUCCAGAGAAACCGGAUGCAGUAUACGAAAAGCCUGUUUUUACCACCCCCUUGGUUGGUCCUGGAGAAAUAAACGAGGGACAGCCUGCGCGUCUGGAGUGCCGCUGCGUCCCUGUCGGAGACCCCGAUCUGAAGUUCUUCUGGUAUGUCAACGGCAUCGAGCUUCCCAAAGGUUCAAGGCUUAUCCCCAACAACGACUUUGGAUUCGUGACACUCGACAUCAUGUCAGGAAUUGCAGAAGACUCCGGUGUCUAUAUGUGCAAAGCCGUCAAUAAAGCUGGCGAAGCAGUCACCUCAACCUCCCUUCGAGUGAAAGGCCGUGCGGGAGUGCUGCUUGACUCCCACCACCCGGAGGCCUACAGGCAGACGCAGAAGUUCGAGUAUGACUCCAGCCGUGUUCCAGAGACCUGGUCCGACGAGAAGCCUAAAGUGGCACCAGUGUUCGUGCAACACUUGAAUAACAUCGACGGCGCUGUGGAGGGUCACUACCUUCGCAUCGAAGGCCGUAUCGAACCUACCAAUGACGACAAACUCAAAGUUAAAUGGUUCAAGAACGGCAAGCCUUUGGUCAUGGGUACCAGAGUUAAACCCACAGACGAUUUCGGCUUAGUUUCCCUAGACAUAUCAAGCGCAAGACCGGAUGAUUCUGGUAUUUAUACCUGCAAAGCCACAAACGACGUUGGCGAAGCAAUCUCAACUUGCACAAUCAAGGUGGAAGGCCGCGAAAACAUCAUUCUAGCCUCCCAACAUCCUGAAUCGCUGCCCAAGAUUCGCCAGCUCGAAGAGUACGUGCCACCAGAGAAGUACGUGCCUGAGCCAGAAUACGAAGGACCGGUGUUCGUCACGCACCUCAACAACUUGGAGAUCCGCGAAGGCACUACGGCCCACUUCGAGUGCCGCGUGGAGCCAUCCAAGGACCCCACGCUCAAAGUGGAAUUCCUCAAAAACAACAAGCCAGUUCCUGCUGGUUCCAAAUACAACUUCAACAACGACUUUGGUUUCGUCACCCUGGAUGUCGGCAAUGCGUUUCCUGAGGACUCUGGCAUCUACACGUGCAGAGCUCGCAACUCGAAGGGCGAGGCAGUCACCACCGGGUCUCUCAAAGUACAAGGCAAAAGUGGCGUGCAGUCUGACACUCUUCAUCCAAUGGGCGCACAGGGUUUGUCCAAGGUCCAGGAGCUAGAGACUUCGUACCUGACCAGAUACCAGGCUCCUGUCGAGGAAGCCGAGAAGGUCUACCCGCGACCAGUGUUUGUGGUGCCGCUUGAGCCGAACUUCUCCAUUCAAGAAGGUAGUCCGGUCACCCUAGAAUGCAAGGUCGAGCCAGCAGCUGACCCGAAUCUCAAGGUGGAGUGGUUCCUGAACGGAAAGCCACUUGCGCCAGGAUCCAGGUACACUUCAACCCACGACUUUGGCUUCGUUGUACUUGCUCUCACCGACUUCUGGGGUCGAGACGCUGGCAUUUACACCUGCCGCGCGAGCAACAACGCCGGCGAAGCCUUCACUACGACCACGAUUACAUGUCUUUCCCGCAAGGGCGUGCAGGAGGACACGCUGCACCCAGAGGGUCGCAAGGGGCUCGAGUCCAUCCAGCAGCUGGAGGAGUCGCUGACGCGUGUGCCCGAAAUGGUUCAAGAGGACGCCGCAGGCCAGCCACCUGUGUUCACGUCACAGUUUGUCAAUCUGAAGGACCUGAAUGAAGGCGAGAUCGCUCACUUCGAGGCCACACUGACACCGGUCGGCGACCAGACCAUGCAGGUCGAAUGGUUCUUCCGCGGCAAGCCGCUCAAAGCAGGGCACCGCAUCCGGACGGUACAUGCGUUCGGCAUGGUGGUGCUCGAGAUCUUGGGCACAGUGCUGGAGGACUCUGGCCGCUACACGUGCCGCGCCACCAACAAGUGGGGCAAAGCCGAAGUCACCGUUGACCUCGAGUGUACCGACAAGACCAAGGGACAGCGGCCGCAGUUUACCACUCAGCUGCAGAACCUCAUGGACCUCAAGGAAGGAAACAGCGCUCACCUGGAAUGCCACCUGGUGCCCGUUGGUGAUCCAGACAUGAAGGUCGAGUGGUACAAGAAUUCACAACCACUUCGCGACAGUUCACGCAUCAAGACAUUGAGCGAUUUUGGCUUCGUGGUGAUGGACAUCUCGUUCGUGCAUGCCGAAGACUCUGGCGACUACGUCUGCGUGGCCACCAACAAAUACGGCUCCGAUGCGACCAAGUGCACCAUUCAGUGCGCAGGCUCUGGGAAGAUAUUCAGGGACUCUCUGCAGCCUCAAUCCCUUGACAGAAUCGCUGAAUUGGAAGGUGCCUCGGCGCUAACUAGGACUUCGGCCGUUAUGGAGGCCACCAGGCUUCAGCCGCCCAAGUUCCUAUCGCAGCUGAACAGUAUCACAGGUCUGGCUGAAGGCCAGAGCGCCCACUUUGAGUGUCAGCUCGUGCCAGUCAACGACCCUGACCUUACGGUCGAGUGGUACUUCAAUGGUCAGCUUCUGCGCUCAGGCCAUCGUUUCCGGACGUUCCACGAUUUUGGUAUUGUAAUCCUGGACAUCCUCUACUGCUACGGUGAAGACUCAGGUGAAUGGGUCUGCAAGGCAACCAACAAGCUUGGUUCAGAUGUGACACGUGCCACUCUUCAGUGCAAGUCCAAGAGCUCCUUGAUUUUGACACCUCAAUUUCCACCUGAAAUGGCAUCGGGAACACAGAGCAUCAUCGCUCUCGAAGAAAGCUUGUACCGAAAGUCGGCGGUCGUAGAGCCAGAAGGUCCUGCCGAGGCACCUCGCUUCACUGUGCCGCUGAGUAACGUCGAAGAUCUGAGGGAAGGAGACAAUGCUCACUUAGAAGCCCGGCUGACGCCAACAGAUGACCCAGACUUGACCGUUGAAUGGUUCAAGAACAAUAUGCCACUGAUGUCAGGAACGAGAAUCCGGACCAUCAACGACUUCGGCUUCGUUGUACUCGAGAUGAGUCCUGUGUACCCGGAAGACUCCGGCGUCUACUCCUGCCGAGCUCGAAACCGCUUCGGGGAGGCCGUCACUACCUGCACUCUCAAGUGCCAAGGAAAGCGUAGCAUCAUUCUGGAAACACAGCUGCCAGAAUCGAUGACCACAGGUAUCGAGAAGAUUGCCAAGUUUGAGGAAGUUUCCUCAGCCAGGAUUGGCGAGACCUGGACAGACAAAGAUAUCUCUCAGCCGCCGAAGUUUGUAACUACUCCGCAGGACUCUACGCUUGCUGAGAACUCCUUGGCACAUUUCGAGUGCAGGCUGACACCAGUCGGCGACCCUACGCUGAGAGUGGACUGGUACCACAAUGGCAAACCUCUUGUCACCGGCUCUCGAGUGAAGACAAUCCACGACUUCGGCUACGUCAUCCUGGAAGUGGCGGGUGUCUACCCACGAGACUCAGGCGUUUACACCUGCAGAGCCGUCAACAAGGUUGGGGAAGCGUCGGUCUCCUGCAAGCUCAACGUCAAGGGCAAGCAGUCUAUUGUUAUGGAACCACAGCUACCUCAGGAGUUCCGUUCUGGCUAUGAGAGCAUUCAGAAGUUAGAAGAAUCAAUGUACCGAACCGAAGAGAAGAUCUUCGACGACGAAAAGAAGGAGCCGCCAAAGUUUGUCACACAGAUCCAGGCUCUUCUCGACAAGGUGGAGGGCGACAGCGCUCACUUUGAAUGCAAGCUUAUCCCGGUUGGAGAUCCGAAUAUGAAAGUCGAAUGGUUCUUGAACGGACGGCCACUGGUUACUGGUACACGGGUUCAUACAAUCGAUGACUUCGGCUUCGUGGUGCUGGACAUCGACUGGUUGUUCCCUCGAGACUCUGGAGAGUACAUGUGCCGCGCCACAAACCGUUGGGGUUCGGACACGACUAAAGCAACUCUCAAGAUCAAAGCUAAGAAAGACAUCAUCAUGGACAGCCAGCUGCCGCAGGGAAUGAACUUUGACAAACUGCGUGACCUGGAGUACCCGGCACCACAGCAAGAAACAAUUCAGGAGCUGGAACCGGUUAAGCCGAGGUUCAUCACCCAGAUACAACCUCAAGAAAACCUUAAUGAAGGUGACUCAGCGCAUUUCGAGUGUCGCUUGGAACCCAUCAACGAUCCAAAAUUGAGGGUGGAAUGGUACCACAACGGACAGCCUCUAAGAUCAGGCCACCGCUUCAAGACAACCCACGACUUCGGCUUUGUUGCUUUGGACGUGUUGUAUGUCUACCCUGAGGACUGUGGAACAUAUGUCGCCCGGGCUAUAAAUGACGUAGGCGAAGACCAAACACAGGCCACCCUCAGGUGCAUAGCAAAGCCAAAGCUGGACUACAGGACCCAGCUUCCUAAGGACAUGAAGGAUGGCGUCAAGAAGAUCGCUGAAAUGGAAGCUUCCUGGCAGCGCACUGAAACCCAGGAGGAAGUGGAAGAAGAACCAAAAGCUCCGAUGUUCAUUAUGAAGCCAGAACCUCAAGUGGUUGUUGAAGGCGAAUGGGCUAAGUUCCAGUGCCGGGUCAUUGGUCAUCCCAAGCCAAGGCUCAUUUGGGUUUUGAAUGGACACACGGUCAUUUCCGGUUCGAGGUACAAGCUGACAUACGACGGUAUCUACCACCUGGACAUCCCCAAGACUAGACAGUACGACCAAGGAAAAGUAGAAGUUUUCGCGAGAAACUUCUGCGGCGAAGCCCACUGUUUCACAACUUUGGAAGUUCGGCCUAAAUUUGAUGACUACAGAGCUGUGCUCAAGCAUUCUCCAAAGCCAUGGUACGACCAGGACGUAAAGUCUUAUCAGAGGUACCGACAUGAGACUGAACUGCAACGAGUGUUCGAGGAAAAACUUACCCCUGGAGGCACCCGCAUCGAUGUCUGGAAAACUGAACAAGGCCAAGAAGGCGAACACCAGAAGAUCAAGAAGAGGAUAGAGGAGGAAGAACUUGAAAAGUUAAAGCCGAAAGUGGAGCGGUUCAAGACGGACUCUAUAUACUACGACGCACGUACGGGCGAGAAGAAGGUGGAAUCGGGCUCCCAGGCGCAGUACAUGGCCAAGUACUUCGAGACCGAGGCGGAGAAGCAGCAGCGGGGCGCCAGCGGCAUAGCGCCCGAGUCAGUGGUGCAGGGCCGUGAAGUGCACACGACCACGCAGCGCCAGACGCAGAAGGAGCAGCAGGGCGACCUAGAGAUCACCCGCAAGAAGACACUGACCGAGACGCUCGAGCAAGAGCACAAGGGCGUCACCAAGGAGCAGCGCGUACAGGGGCCCGUGCAAGAGUCGAAGCCUCCCGUAUUCACCAAGAAGCUACAGCCAUGCCGUGUGGACGAGGGCCAUGGAGCCAAGUUCCAGUGCACGUUCACCGGCCAGCCGGCGCCGAAGAUCACGUGGUACCGAGAGAAUUUCCCCAUAACACCUUCGCAGGACUUCCAGAUCGUGACUACCGACACCACAUCAACGCUGAUAAUUCGUGAAGUUUAUGUGGAAGAUUCUGGUGUCUUCUCGGUCAAGGCUGAAAACCGUGGAGGCUCUGCCAAAUCAUCUGCCAACUUGGUUGUUGAAGAGAGGCGAGAGCAACGCAGCGGGGUCGUGCCGCCAAACUUUACCAGGACCAUCCAGGACGUUUCGUCGAAGGCCGGAAAGUUGGUCCGCCUCGACGCCAAGGUCUCGGGAUCGAAGCCGUUGGAUGUCUAUUGGCUGAAGAACGGCAAGAAGGUGACGCCCGACGUGUCACACAAGAUUGUGGAGGAGGACGACCUGUACACGCUGCUCAUCUUGGAGGCCCAGGCGGACUCAGACUCCGGAAGCUACGAGUGUGUCGCCAUCAACUCGGCUGGAGAAGCACGCUGCCAGGCUCACGUGGUGAUCGAAGGCGCCAAGCCCAAGACGCCGCCCACGAGCCCCAAGGAGGCGCCUGGAGACCAGAAGCCACCCACGGUGACAGAGCCGCUCAAGCCACUCGCCGUCAAGGAAGGCCAGAGCGCCGUCUUCCGCUGCAGGAUACCAGCCGUCCCUGGAGCGCAAGUAAAAUGGUUCCGAGGCGACCAGCAAGUCAAGCAGUCCCGGUACUUCCGCAUGUCCCAAGAAAACAACCUGUUCACGCUCAAAAUCUCUGAAGCGUUCCCGGAAGACGAAGGUGUCUACAAGUGCGUCGCCACCAAUCCGGCAGGCACUGUGUCUACCAGCGCCAACCUUAAAGUUAUCGUGCCCGAGCUAAACGAGGUGCCACCGACGGUUACUCCUCUGGCUGACCUGACCGUGCCCGAGGGCUCGCCUGCUCGCUUUGUCACAUCCCUGGGAGGCGUGCCACCACCCAAGGUCAUCUGGGUCCGCGAGGGCCACAUCAUCAAGCAGUCCCGUGAUUUCCAGAUGAACCAAGACCAAGGCUCAGCAUCUCUGGUCAUCAGGCACACGUAUCCCGAAGACGAAGGUGUCUACGUUUGUCGUGCCACCAACGCUUCGGGCCAAGCCGAGACCUCUGCCCGGCUUACCGUGCAACGUAAGGCCAAAAAGUACGAUCACUCAACUCCAGAGAAGUGGUACACGAUUGGAUACCUGGGGGAUAAGGUGGAUAAGGUGGCAGAGGAUAAGGUGGAUGCUUCGGGCUAUCGAAAAACAGCGGAGCAAAAACCAGUGCGCGUCAUGGGUCCCCAGGGCAUGGCCCCGCAGAUCACCAAGCAGCCCGAGUCGCGUUCAGCCAAGCCCGGCCACAAGGUGGAUUUCAAGGCGACCGCUACUGGUUCGCCAGCGCCUGACAUUACGUGGUACAAAGACGGUAGGCCCGUCAGCUCAACCAUCGGAGACAUCGUGGUGAGCACAACACCCAUUUCGCAAGAAGAAGUCACGACCACACUCACCAUCAGUAACGUGACUGUCGAAGAUGCUGGAAAAUACGUUUGCGUCGCUACGAACUGCUGGGGUCGAGCCGAGAGCAUUCAGGUCACCCUAGAGGUCAAAGGAGGCAAGGAGCCACCGCGGUUCAUCGAACAGCUGGAGCCUGUGGCGGCCACAGAUGGCUCUCCCGCGAUUCUACGCUGUACAGUAGUCGGCAGCCAGCCAAUACAUAUCAAAUGGUUUCAAAACAGACGAGAAGUUAAAGACACGAAAGACUUUCAAAUGCACUACGAUCCCCAGACAGGCCUAGUCUCGCUUACCAUUCCGGAGAUUUACCCAGACGACCAGGGCCUGUACACGUGCCGAGCAUUCAACGAGUACGGCCAAGACGAGACGUCUGCGGCUGUCACUGUGGUCGACGUGGAGUUCUUCGGAGGAACGUCAGACGUGUCAGUGCAGCCGCGGUUCGUGCAGCCGCUUAGGCCCAUGGCUUACCCUGAGGGAGAGCCUGCAAGGCUAAGCGUGGAAGUUCACGCUGUGCCCACCCCAGAUUUUAACUGGUUCUUUGAAGGAAAGUUGUUGAAGUCAUCCAGGGAUUUUCUUGUGACGUCUGAGGGCCUCAAGAGCUCUCUUGUCAUUGCUGAAUUAUUCCCCGAAGAUGCUGGGCCCUACGAGUGCAGGGCUCAGAAUCCUGCGGGCAGAGCAACGACAUCCGCCAAUCUUCGUGUUAUUCAAGAACAGUCGCUGCCAACUUCGCCACUAAGCAAAGUAGGACCUGGAGCUGAGCCCACAGAAAUGAGACCGCCUUCGCCACCCGAGAGCCUCACACAGCUAAAGCCACCCUUCUUCACCAGAAACUUGGUCUCCCAAACUGUCGUUGAAGGAUCACCAGUUACAUUUGUUGGAGAGGUUACAUCGUUCCCUGAAGUUGUUUCAUUUACUUGGUACCUUAACGGGAAAGCUAUUAAGUCUUCUAGAGAUUUUCAAAUAUAUAACGAAGGCAACAGGACGACUCUCAAGAUAGCGGAAGUGUUUCCCGAUGAUGCGGGAACUUUCUCGGUGACAGCGGAAAACCCUGUUGGCAUCGCAACUUCCAAGGCCAAGUUGACGGUGGAAGAGGAAGCCGUUGAGGGUGCAGCGGUAGAAGCUCCUAGGUUCUUGACUGAGCUUACACCAGUGACGGUGAUGGAUGGUGGUGAAGCCAAGCUUUCUGUUUACGUCACUGGAAAGCCGCAGCCACGUGUCACCUGGCUGCACAACGAUAGAGAAGUGAAAGAAAACUCCGAUGUCUGGACAACGCAAAGGACAGAUGGAUACUGCGAAUUGUUCAUCUCUGAAGCUUUUCCAGAGGAUAUGGGAGAAUACAUCUGCAAAGCGGUGAACAUAGCUGGAACUGCCGUAACGCGGACGCAUAUCAACGUGGAAUCGUACGAGUACGUCCCAGACUCCGAAGUUGCGUCGGCAACUUACGACACCCCCGGGACUGCACAUACCCAUGACCACACUCAAGAAGAAUCUUACGACACAUUGGACACAAUGCCCAGCGUUUCGGAGAUGGACGAGUCCGAUAUGGAAAGGAUACCAGAUCUUCCUAGAGAUGACGGCCGGCCACCGAGGAUGCCAGGCGACAAGCACAAACCUCGAAAAUCUCAUCAUAAGCGAAGGAAAAAGAAGGUCUCUCGAGGUUCCACAAGCGUGCCCAAGGAAGCGAUUCCCGUAUGCUACGAGCCAGUACAACCCUGGGAACGUGGGCGAAGGAAAACGUCAGACCCUGGCUCAGCGCCUGUUGUGGUUGUACCUUUGGAAGAUGUCAUAGUGCCAUUGGGCCAGCCAGCAACGUUGGACUGCAAAGCUGUCGGGAUGCCGAAACCGAAGAUAACCUGGUACCGAAAUGGAGUACCGAUAAGGCAUUCCUUCGAAUAUCAGGUCUACUAUGACCCCCAGGGUAUUUCGUCUCUUACAAUAGCACACACAGAGCUUGAAGAUUUUGCAGAAUACGUGGUGGAAGCCAAGAACCGCUACGGUACUGACACUACCCGUGCAGAGCUGAUACAGCUGGACUUCAAGAGUAUGCGGCCGCGGUUCGAGGUGCCUUUGCAGAGCACGUACCACAAGCCUUUGGGAUUCCCGGUCACGCUCGAGUGCACCGUACGGGGACGUCCAAAGCCUAACGUUCAAUGGUUCCACAAUGGCGUCUUGAUCGAGCCAAGCUACAUGCCUGUCUACAAAAUAACACUUCUGAGCGACAAGAGCAUGCUGCACAUCACCGAAAUGAUGCCCGCGACCGAAGGCCGCUAUGUCUGCAAGGCCGUAAAUGAGGCCGGAGAAAAAACCACUGAGUGCAUUCUUCAUGCUGGAGUUAGCAGCGUAGCAACUUAUGUCCUGGCUUUUCUUUUUAAAAAUAAAGAGCCCGAGGAACACAAGCCAGAAGAAUUCCACCCACCACAAGAGGAAAAGCCGUACAAGGUUCCUGCGUUCCUUCAGUCCAAACAACCACGAAGGAAGCCAUCAGACGACGAAUACCAAAGCUUUGAGUCGGAGUCGGAGUUGAGCUUUAAGGAAACAAUCGUGCCACAGAUCCGGAAGCUGUCAAGGCCGAAAGAGUCCCCGCCGCCUGAAAAGCCGGAGAAGACGGCGAAAGAGAGCGCCAUCGAAUUCCUCACCACUGUUUUGAAGCCGACAUGGCCGUUCAGCAUGUUCCGUUCCGCUUCGCCGAAGGAGGCACCGAAGGAGGAGGAGGAACCGGCCGAGCCCGAGAGGCCGCCGCCGAGAUUGCCCGAACGGCUCCCGAGCGCCGAGAGGCCGCCCAGGCCCGAGAGGCCACCGAGCGCCGAGAAGACACGGCCCGGAAGGCCACCACGGGCAGAACCGCCCAGGCCCCUCAGGCCGGGAGAGCUCGCUGAGAGGCCGCCAGUCACUGAGCCCGUCCAACGAAAGGAGCCCCCAAGGCCGGAGUCGCCCUGGUUCCUCGAACCCACGGAACCGUAUCCAACUGAAAGGCCUCCUUCCGUCGAGAAGACACGGCCCGGAAGGCCACCACGGGCAGAACCGCCCAGGCCCCUCAGGCCGGGAGAGCUCGCUGAGAGGCCGCCAGUCACUGAGCCCGUCCAACGAAAGGAGCCCCCGAGGCCGGAGUCGCCCUGGUUCCUCGAACCCGGGGAACCAUAUCCAACUGAAAGGCCUCCUUCCGUCGAGACGGACAGGUUGGCGCCAAGAGAUGCCAGAAAGCCACCAAGUGGGCGAAGGACUCCUGAAGCUCCUGAAAGAAUGCCACCUGAAGAAUUUGUCAAGUGGAAACCGGGACAUCGCAGAACAUCUGAACCUGGAAUGCCUCCCAAGUUCGUUGCUCCAUUGGAAGACGUCGAAGUCCUUGUGGGAUACCCUGCAACGCUUGACUGCCGGGCUAUCGGAGUUCCAAAGCCUAAAAUAACAUGGUACAAACAAGGCCAGCCGGUGAAAUAUUCUCCUGAAUACAGCUUGUACUACGACACUGAAGGCAACUGCUCUAUAACUAUACACAGGACAACGCCAGAGGACUUUGGUGACUUCAUCUGCGAAGCAAAGAACAAAUACGGAACAGAAGUUACAGAGGCUGAGCUCAUUCAAAUAGAGAGCACAGUAUACAAAGUGACCAUCUUGAAUGACAAAAAUCUCCUUCACAUCCUGGAGGUAAACGAAAGAACGCAAGGGCGAUACGUCUGCAAAGCCACAAAUGAAGCAGGAGAGCGGGUGACUGAGUGCUUUGUGACAAUAGGCGAACCUGAAGAACGCAAAGACCAGGAGAAGAGGGAAAAGAUAAGCACUGAAACAUUGGUGUCAACUGAGGACACUGUAUUUUUAAAACCUAUAAGUCAUGAAAAAUUCUUUAUUAAGACAGCUGAGGAAAGAAAAAUGCCCGAAGAAGAAUCCUUCAUUGACCAGUUACCAAAAAGGGCAACUAUUGAAGCUUACACCCAAGUUGAAGCAGCAAAGCUUUUCAUACAAGAAGAAAUCUCUCUUCAGAAAAAGUUUGUCAAAGAGGAAGUAACUCAAGAAGAAAUAAAAGAGACAAAGCAAGCAAUCAAACAAUGGCCAGAGCCUGUGGAACAUGUUCCAGAAUUUUUAAAAAAAGUACUAAAGUCAAUACCUCGACAUCAGCAAGUAUUGCAAGAAGAAGUUGACAUAUCAGAAACUUCCCACCUUGAAACAUUGCCAAAACCUGAGGAAGAACUUCCACAUACUUUGCCAGAAAUACGGCAGGAAAGUGAUCAACCUUUAAAACGUCAAGCACCACAGGACAAGCAGCCUAAAAAGAAACUACCUUUGCCACAACAAGAAGAAACAGAAAUGCCAGAGUUUUUGACAAAAACAUUAAAACCAACAGAAAAGUUCCGCAAGAAAGAUAUCCCAGAAAAAGUAGAGGAAUCUGAACUUCACAAAUUCACUAAACGAAAAGUAGCAGUGCCAGAGCAAGCGGACCAGAAAGAAGAAUACACUGAAACAGAAGAAGUCACUGAGAUCAGCGGGCUACGAAAAUUGAAGCCAGAGGAAAGACCACAGCACGGAGAUGUACCCCUGACAGAGGAGACAAGUGAAGUGAACGAUUUCAGAUAUCCAACACAGCAAAAGGAAAAGCCACUUCACCAAAAACCAAAAGACAAACCUGAAGUUGAAGAAAUUCAACUUACAAAGAAAGGAAAGCCUGAGAAGAUCACACCUAAAACACUGACACCAUAUGCAAGGACAGUGCAUCAACUACCAAUUGACGCAGAAGAAGUGGAAAAACCGGAAAAGCUCACACCAAUAGAACACAAGGCUCCGGAAGUAUAUGAAAAGAAAGCUACCAUCAAAGUUUUCCAAGUACCAAAACCAAGAAUACCAGGAAGAAAAGAAAAAACACAAGAGCUUCCACUUUUGCAAGAGACCAAACAAAUCAUUCAAGUUGAAUCAAUAAAGAAAACUGAGGACAUUACACCACCAAAGUAUCGAGAACCAGCAGAACGAAGACCUCAAGAAAAGUCGGAAGCCCCAGCAGACACAAUUAUGAAAAAGAAGGAUGAACCUCGAAAAAUUACAACAGAGGCGACGGAGGUACCACGCAUCGCUGAUAUUAAGACAGUCCAGCUCACGGACAUUCUCACUGAAUCCACUGAGAAGCCAAAGGAAGUGACACAGAUUGCUUACGAAACAGAGGAGGUGCUUGAAGAAACAGAAACAAUUGAUCUCGCUAAGGUAUCAAAGCCAAAAAAACCAAAAAGAAUAGUGAUACCUGAUGAAGAGGAAUCGCCAACGGUAGAAGAAGCUGUAGAGCAAAUAGUAGACCUACAAUCAGUAGCAUGGCCAAAGAAAAAACCUGGGAAAGAAGAAAAGCCUCAGCAAAAACCCGAGAGAAAACCCGCAGUUCAAGAUAUUACCAUACGUACAAAGGAAGAAAAGCCACGCAAAAUUAUGCCCCUAGACAUCACGACUGAAGCUGUGGAAAUUCCAGAUAUCACUGAUGUUAAGACUAUCCAGCGCACAGAUAUCAUCACUGAAUCUCUGGAAAGGCCUAAAGAAAUUGCUCAAGUUGAGUAUAAGACCGAGGAAGUAGUUGAAGAAACCGAAACAAUUGAACUGGCCAAGGUGACUAAGGCAAAGAAGCCAAAGAAAAAGAAGCAACCCGAAGAGAAGGAAGAAGCACCAGUUGUGGAAGAGACAGAGCAACCAGUAGACCUUGAGUCGAAAGCACGACCAAAGGAAGAGAAGCCAAAGGAAGAGCCAGUGGUUGAAGAAAUUACUAUCCUUAAAAAAGAGGAGAAACCACGAGAAAUAACAACUGAGGCUGUCGAAAUUCCAGAUAUCACUGAUGUUAAGGCUAUCCAGCGCACAGAUAUCAUCACUGAAUCUCUGGAAAGGCCUAAAGAAAUUGCUAAAGUUGAGUAUAAGACAGAGGAAGUGGUUGAAGAAACUAAAACAAUUGAAUUGGCCAAGGUGCCUAAGCCAAAGAAGCCAAAGAAAAAGAAGAAACCUGAAGAAGAGGGCGAAGUGCCACUUGUGGAAGAGACAGACCAAAUAGUAGACCUCGAUUCGAAAGCACGGCCAAAGGAGGAGCCAGUGGUUGAAGAAAUCACUAUCCCUAAGAAAGAGGAAACACCUCGAGAAAUCACGACUGAGGCUGUGGAAAUUCCAGAUAUCACUGAUGUUAAGACUAUACAGCGCACGGAUGUCAUCACUGAAUCGCUAGAAAGACCUAAAGAAAUUGCUCAAAUUGAGUACAAGACAGAGGAAGUCGUUGAAGAGACAGAAAUGAUUGAAUUGGCCAAGGUGCCUAAGCCAAAGAAGCCAAAGAAAAAGAAGAAACCGGAAGACGAGGAGGAAGCACCAGUUGUGGAAGAGACAGAGCAAAUAGUAGACCUGGCAUCGAAAGCACGGCCAAAGAAAGAGCCACCGGUUGAAGAAAUCACUAUCCUUAAGAAAGAGGAAAAACCACGAGAAAUCACGACUGAGGCGGUGGAAAUUCCAGAUAUCACUGAUGUUAAGACUAUCCAGCGUACAGAUAUCAUCACUGAAUCGCUAGAAAGGCCUAAGGAAAUUGCUCAGGUUGUAUACAAGACAGAGGAAGUUGUUGAAGAGACAGAAACAAUUGAAUUGGCCAAGGUGCCUAAGCCAAUGAAGCCAAAGAAAAAGAAGAAACCUGAAGAGGAGGAGGAAGCACCAGUUGUGGAAGAGACAGAGCAAAUAGUAGACCUCGCAUCGAAAGCACGACCAAAGGAUGAGAAGCCAAAGGAAGAGCCAGUGGUUGAAGAAAUUACUAUCCUUAAGAAAGAGGAAAAACCACGAGAAAUUACGACUGAGGCUGUGGAAACUCCAGAUAUAACUGAUGUUAAGAGUAUCCAGCGCACAGAUAUCAUCACUGAAUCGCUAGAAAGGCCUAAGGAAAUCUCUCUGGUUGAAUACAAGACAGAAGAAGUUGUUGAAGAGACAGAAACAAUUGAAUUGGCCAAGGUGCCUAAGCCAAAGAAGCCCAAGAAAAAGAAGAAACCCGAAGAGGAGGAGGAAGCGCCUGUUGUGGAAGAGACAGAGCAAAUAGUAGACCUCGAGUCGAAAGCACGGCCAAAGGAAGAACCAGUGGUUGACGAAAUCACUAUCCUUAAGCAAGAGGAAAAACCACGAGAAAUCACGACUGAGGCUGUGGAAAUGCCUGAUAUCACUGAUGUUAAGAGUAUCCAGCGCACAGAAAUCAUCACUGAAUCGCUAGAAAGGCCCAAGGAAAUUGCUCAGGUUGAGUACAAGACGGAGGAAGUCGUUGAAGAAACGGAAACAAUUGAAUUGGCCAAGGUACCUAAGCCAAAGAAGCCAAAGAAAAAGAAGAAACCCGAAGAGGAGGAGGAAGCGCCUGUUGUGGAAGAGACAGAGCAAAUAGUAGACCUCGAGUCGAAAGCACGGCCAAAGGAAGCAAAGCCAAAGGAAGAGCCAGUGGUUGAAGAAAUUAUCAUCCUUAAGAAAGAGGAAAAACCACGAGAAAUUACGACUGAGGCUGUGGAAACUCCAGAUAUAACUGAUGUUAAGAGUAUCCAGCGCACAGAUAUCAUCACUGAAUCGCUAGAAAGGCCUAAGGAAAUCGCUCUGGUUGAAUACAAGACAGAAGAAGUUGUUGAAGAGACAGAAACAAUUGAAUUGGCCAAGGUGCCUAAGCCAAAGAAGCCCAAGAAAAAGAAGAAACCCGAAGAGGAGGAGGAAGCGCCUGUUGUGGAAGAGACAGAGCAAAUAGUAGACCUCGAGUCGAAAGCACGGCCAAAGGAAAAACCAGUGGUUGACGAAAUCACUAUCCUUAAGCAAGAGGAAAAACCACGAGAAAUCACGACUGAGGCUGUGGAAAUGCCUGAUAUCACUGAUGUUAAGAGUAUCCAGCGCACAGAAAUCAUCACUGAAUCGCUAGAAAGGCCCAAGGAAAUUGCUCAGGUUGAGUACAAGACGGAGGAAGUCGUUGAAGAAACGGAAACAAUUGAAUUGGCCAAGGUACCUAAGCCAAAGAAGCCAAAGAAAAAGAAGAAACCCGAAGAGGAGGAGGAAGCGCCUGUUGUGGAAGAGACAGAGCAAAUAGUCGACCUCGAGUCGAAAGCACGGCCAAAGGAAGAGCCAGUGGUUGAAGAAAUUAUCAUCCUUAAGAAAGAGGAAAAACCUCUAGAAAUCACGACUAAGGCUGUGGAAAUUCCAGAUAUCACUGAUGUUAAGACUAUCCAGCGCACAGAUAUCAUCACUGAAUCUCUAGAAAGGCCCAAGGAAAUUGCUCAGGUUGAGUACAAGACGGAGGAAGUCGUCGAAGAGACGGAAACAAUUGAAUUAGCAAAGGUGCCUAAGCCAAAGAAGCCAAAGAAAAAGAAGCAACCCGAUGAGGAGGAGGAAGCACCAGUUGUGGAAGAGACAGAGCAAAUAGUAGACCUCGAGUCGAAAGCACGACCAAAGGAAGAAAAGCCAAAGGAAGAGCCAGUGGUUGAAGAAAUUACUAUCCUUAAGAAAGAGGAGAAACCACGAGAAAUAACAACUGAGGCUGUCGAAAUUCCAGAUAUCACUGAUGUUAAGACUAUCCAGCGCACAGAUAUUAUCACUGAAUCUCUAGAAAGGCCCAAGGAAAUUGCUCUGGUUGAAUACAAGACGGAGGAAGUCGUCGAAGAGACGGAAACAAUUGAAUUGGCAAAGGUACCUAAGCCAAAGAAGCCAAAGAAAAAGAAGCAACCCGAAGAGGAGGAGGAAGCACCAGUUGUGGAAGAGACAGAGCAAAUAGUAGACCUCGAGUCGAAAGCACGACCAAAGGAAGAGAAGCCAAAGGAAGAGCCAGUGGUUGAAGAAAUUACUAUCCUUAAGAAAGAGGAAAAACCUCUAGAAAUCACGACUGAGGCUGCGGAAAUUCCAGAUAUAACUGAUGUUAAGACUAUCCAGCGCACAGAUAUCAUCACUGAAUCUCUAGAAAGGCCCAAGGAAAUUGCUCAGGUUGAGUACAAGACGGAGGAAGUCGUCGAAGAGACGGAAACAAUUGAAUUAGCAAAGGUGCCUAAGCCAAAGAAACCUAAGAAAAAGAAGAAACCCGAAGAGGAGGAGGAAGCACCAGUUGUGGAAGAGACAGAGCAAAUAGUAGACCUCGAGUCGAAAGCACGACCAAAGGAAGAGAAGCCAAAGGAAGAGCCAGUGGUUGAAGAAAUUACUAUCCUUAAGAAAGAGGAGAAACCACGAGAAAUAACAACUGAGGCUGUCGAAAUUCCAGAUAUCACUGAUGUUAAGACUAUCCAGCGCACAGAUAUUAUCACUGAAUCUCUAGAAAGGCCCAAGGAAAUUGCUCUGGUUGAAUACAAGACGGAGGAAGUCGUCGAAGAGACGGAAACAAUUGAAUUGGCAAAGGUACCUAAGACAAAGAAGCCAAAGAAAAAGAAGCAACCCGAUGAGGAGGAGGAAGCACCAGUUGUGGAAGAGACAGAGCAAAUAGUAGACCUCGAGUCGAAAGCACGACCAAAGGAAGAAAAGCCAAAGGAAGAGCCAGUGGUUGAAGAAAUUACUAUCCUUAAGAAAGAGGAGAAACCACGAGAAAUAACAACUGAGGCUGUCGAAAUUCCAGAUAUCACUGAUGUUAAGACUAUCCAGCGCACAGAUAUUAUCACUGAAUCUCUAGAAAGGCCCAAGGAAAUUGCUCUGGUUGAAUACAAGACGGAGGAAGUCGUCGAAGAGACGGAAACAAUUGAAUUGGCAAAGGUACCUAAGCCAAAGAAGCCAAAGAAAAAGAAGCAACCCGAAGAGGAGGAGGAAGCACCAGUUGUGGAAGAGACAGAGCAAAUAGUAGACCUCGAGUCGAAAGCACGACCAAAGGAAGAGAAGCCAAAGGAAGAGCCAGUGGUUGAAGAAAUUACUAUCCUUAAGAAAGAGGAAAAACCACGAGAAAUCACGACUGAGGCUGUGGAAAUUCCAGAUAUCACUGAUGUUAAAAGUAUCCAGCGCACAGAUAUCAUCACUGAAUCUCUGGAAAGGCCUAAAGAAAUUGCUCAAGUUGAGUAUAAGACCGAGGAAGUGGUUGAAGAAACUGAAACAAUUGAAUUGGCCAAGGUGCCUAAGCCGAAGAAGCCAAAGAAAAAGAAGCAACCCGAAGAGGAAGAGGAAGCGCCAGUUGUGGAAGAGACAGAGCAAAUAGUAGACCUCGAGUCGAAAGCACGGCCAAAGGAAGAAAAGCCAAAGGAAGAGCCAGUGGUUGAAGAAAUUACUAUCCUUAAGAAAGAGGAGAAACCACGAGAAAUAACAACUGAGGCUGUCGAAAUUCCAGACAUCACUGAUAUUAAGACUAUCCAGCGCACAGAUAUUAUCACUGAAUCUCUAGAAAGGCCCAAGGAAAUUGCUCUGGUUGAAUACAAGACGGAGGAAGUCGUCGAAGAGACGGAAACAAUUGAGUUGGCAAAGGUACCUAAGCCAAAGAAGCCAAAGAAAAAGAAGCAACCCGAAGAGGAGGAGGAAGCACCAGUUGUGGAAGAGACAGAGCAAAUAGUAGACCUCGAGUCGAAAGCACGACCAAAGGAAGAGAAGCCAAAGGAAGAGCCAGUGGUUGAAGAAAUUACUAUCCUUAAGAAAGAGGAAAAACCACGAGAAAUCACGACUGAGGCUGUGGAAAUUCCAGAUAUCACUGAUAUUAAAAGUAUCCAGCGCACAGAUAUCAUCACUGAAUCUCUGGAAAGGCCUAAAGAAAUUGCUCAAGUUGAGUAUAAGACCGAGGAAGUGGUUGAAGAAACUGAAACAAUUGAAUUAGCCAAGGUGCCUAAGCCGAAGAAGCCAAAAAAAAAGAAGAAACCCGAAGAGGAGGAGGAAGCACCAGUUGUGGAAGAGACAGAGCAAAUAGUAGUCCUCGAGUCGAAAGCACGGCCAAGGGAAGAAAAGCCAAAGGAAGAGCCAGUGGUUGAAGAAAUUACUAUCCUUAAGAAAGAGGAGAAACCACGAGAAAUAACAACUGAGGCUGUCGAAAUUCCAGAUAUCACUGAUAUUAAGACUAUCCAGCGCACAGAUAUUAUCACUGAAUCUCUAGAAAGGCCCAAGGAAAUUGCUCUUGAAUACAAGACGGAGGAAGUCGUCGAAGAGACGGAAACAAUUGAAUUGGCCAAGGUACCUAAGCCAAAGAAGCCAAAGAAAAAGAAGCAACCCGAAGAGGAGGAGGAAAUGCCAGUUGUGGAAGAGACAGAACAAAUAGUAGAGCUUGAGUCAAAAGCACGCCCUAUGGAAGAGAAGCCCGAGGAAACACCACAAGAAAUUACAACAGAGGCAAUAGAAACACCAGAUAUUGCAUACAUUAAAACUAUCCAGCACACUGAUAUUGUCACUGAAGCUGUGGAGAAACCUAAGGAAAUUACAGAGCUAGAGUACAUUACCGAAGAGGUCGUUAAAGAAACAGAAACAUUUGAUGUAGCUAAACUUAAGAAGCCCAAGAAGCCUAAAAGAAAAGGGAAGCCAGAGGAAAAAGAGAGAGAAGAUAUUACCGUUAUAGAAGAAAUAUCAAUUGUUAAGAAAAGGACAGUAGAAACUGCCAAGGACUUUAAAGAUGUUCUUCAGACUGAAUUCACACAAGCACAUGUUUCUGAGGAGUUAGUUGUCUCUGAAUUUCCAGAAGCCACAAGUGCCCACAUAAGCCUUGUUGAAAGCCGCCCUGUUGUUAUAGAAGAAAUUAGCAGUGAGUUAAACACUGGUGAACUGGAGACUGAUGAAAAGCCAAAGGAAGAGAGACCGCAUACAGCAUUAACAGAAAGCAAAGCAGUUACUAUUGAAGAAGCAUUCACUUCUGAAAUGCCAGAAACUGUGAGUGUGCCUCAACAAGAAAAACACGAGGCAUCACAAAGUGUAAUAAUAGAAGAAAAGUCGCUGGUUGUUGAGGAGACCACAUGUGAACAGUAUGCUCCAGAAUUCCUUGCUAAGGCACCCAGAAAAAAGCAAAAGGCAAAAAAAGUCCUCGAGCCUCAGCAAUCAGUAGAAGUAUUGGAAGCUGAAACUCUUUUGAGCACGCUAGAGUUAAAAGCACUGCCAAGAGAAAAAUACCAGAAAGCACUAGGCAUACUAGAGGAACAGUGUCUUGCUGUUAGUGACAUAGGAGAAGAGGAAAUAGCAUCGGAGUUUGCCCCUGGUGAUGUUCUCUCAAAGGAGGCAAGCAAGACUUUGCUUCUCUUUCCACAACGUCAAAUUGAUGUGAUAGAAGUAAUACCGGGUGUUGCCAGUGAGGAGCUUGUUAUUGAAAAAACUGCAGAAAAGAAAGGAAACUUAACCUUUGUUGAAGAGUCAAGAGAAGUUUCAGCAAUUUUGGAGGAGGUUCCUGCCGAGUUCCAGUCUGUAGACGUUCCAACAAAAGCUCUUACAUCUAGAAUAACUGAAACAGCCAGGAGCUACCCACAGUAUGAAGAGCAGGCAGCGGAAUUUCAUGAGGACAUACCUAUGCAAGCGCACGCUGGCGAAAGUCAUGUAGAAUUGACAAGAGGAACACCUGCAGUGCAUGAGGUAGCUACUGAAUUUUUGGCAUCAGUGGAAAGGGAAUCUGUGGCGUCAGUUUCACAUGUGGAGAUUCCCAGAGAAGUCACCACAACUGAAGAGAUGGCUGCUCAUUUUGAUAUAUCUGCACCAGAAAAAACACAUCUAACAGUUGAGUUCACAGAGGUUCCACGUGACGCCAUUGAGAUCCAUGAGCUAGCUGCCGAAUUCAAGGCAGAUACAGUGAAAUCAUUGCAGCCAGGAUCGACAAAUACAGGUGAUGUGAAAUCCUGUGUUGACACUGUAGAGACGGCACCAUUAUUUGAGGCACCAUCAGUGAAGGAAGAAACCCUUGUGAAAGAUAUUGUGGAUGUUCGAAGGGAGACUCUAUUCAUUGAAGAAAUACAAACAGAAGAGCAAACUCAUGAAGCAGGCCUUGCAAUCAUUCCAGAGAAGAAAACUGCCCAGUCGUCGAAAGUCCUACCAUCAGAGCACCUCUCCAUUCAGGUGUCUCAAGUGACACCAGAUCAUGGGACGAGCGAGCUUCCUACUGAAGUGCCUACACAAAAGCAUCUCAAGCACUCUAUUGUGGAAGGAGUGUCCAUGACACAUGAGGUGGCCACUGUGCUUGUAUUUCCACCACAAGGCAGCAUCGUGGCCGCGUCAAUCUCGCAGCCAUUGCCAUCUAACCAGAUGGUUGAAGCUGAAGCUGUACAAUCGUUGCAAGAAAAAGUGUCAGGUUGGAGCAUGCCUUUUGUUCUUACACCUUCAUUUCCUGCAUAUGACACUGACAUUACAACUAGGCUCACCCUGUUUCAACUUUGCAGCUACACUGAUGUAACCUGCAUGGUAACGACAGAAUAUGUGCAGAACAGGCGCUUGAAACAAGAUCCUGGAAGCAUGAUAUUCCAUGCAUUGUCUGCUUUCAAUUACCAACAUGGCAGUCAUUCCAUCAAGAAUCUAUGCAGCCAAAAAACGGCUGCCGAACUGGAGGAAGCACCAGAUUUGACGAAGCAUGCAAAACCAGUCUUGGAACAAAAGCAGAGUAUCCUGGUUAAGGAUAUAGUUGCAGAAGCCUCUACUUCAGAUUCCAAGCCAAUUGAAUUACCAGAUAUGCAUACUGCUGAGCUAAGGUUUCUGCCACUGGCACCAAUUACUGUAGAGGAAAGUGGUGUGCAUAUGACAACAGGUGCCUUUAAGGCAACUCCAGUUGCUGAGGCUAAAGCUGAAAUAGGCAUGGCAACAUCUCUAGGAAUUGAAGUCCAUGAAACCACACCAGGGUUAACAGGAUCAGAGUUAAAAACUGAGCCACUCCACAAAGGAGUCACACCAACCAGCACAUUCACCACCAUUGAGGCCCUCGCCAUAUCAACGGUGGAGACUGCUUUGAAAGAAGCUCAUGCCGACCAAUUCAAACCCCCAAAGGCAGUCAAUGCUUCACUCACAUUACUGACUGAAGAGUCUGUCCAAGUAACUGAAGUAGAAGCUAUGAGCAAGGAAGAACAUAUUGAAGUGCACCAAGCACCAGCACAGGAACUCAGUGUAUCAGCUGUGGCACCAAACCGCCCUCUUUUUGUAUAUGAAGUGGAAGCACUAACUUCAGAGGAGGUGCUACCUCGGGAUAGGGACCUUCCGACAACAAAAGCAAAAUCUGAACUUUUAACUGAUCAGCCACUCCUAGUUUCAGAAGUUCCUGUUCUUAUAAAAGAAACCAACCUCCCAGGUGAAGCUAGGCCACCUACGUCCACUGCACCAUUCAGUAUUCCAACUGAACAACAUGUAUAUGUCACACAGGUUCCAGUGCUCAUAAAAGAGACUGAACUCCAGCUUGAGCAUAAGCCAUCAGGCACCAAAGCACCGUGCACUAUAGAUGCCCAGCAGCCAGUGAACGUUUCUCUAGUGUCAAGUUUCAUAAUGGAGGGAGAGUACACUCCAGAAAAAAUUCCAAGACAUUUAAAAGCUGAAGUCACAAUGCCAACCGAUACACCAAUAACAAUCUCAGAAACCCCAACACUGGGCAGAGAAGGUGAUUUAACAGUUGAAAAAGUACCACAAGGCAUUACAUCAACAAUGAAGGUGACAACAGAUGAGCCUUUAACCAUUUCUGAACCUGUGAUAUUAGCGAAGGAAGAACACAUUGAAUCAUACUUUGAACCCAAGCAUGCUACUGCAGAGCCAAUCAUAACCACCAGUGAAAGCUUGUCAGUCCUUGCUGAGCCUGCCCUCAUGAAAGAAAGAUUGUUUGGGCUGCGAGAGCAGCCUAACGAGAUGACUGUUCCCUACACUAUCUCAACAGAACAACAUCUUGAGGUGUCUGAACACCCAGCUCUUGACAAAGAAGAAAUUCUGGAGUCUGGGAAGUUUCCAAAAGAGAUUAACGCUCCAUUUUCAGUUCCACUUGAAGAAUCCUUGACAAUUGAACAAGCAAAUCUUUUCACUAAAGAGUCAGACCUGAAAGCAAAAGAACUCCCAGCUACAGUCACAGCACCAUUCACAAUUCCCACUGAGCAGCAUGUUGUUAUCUCAGCAUAUGGAACCUUUGAUAAAGAAAAACUAUUAGAACAAGAAAAGCUUCCAGCUGAGGUAACAGCACCAUGUUCAAUGUUACUCGAAGAGCCUUUGACAAUUGAAGAUGUCAGUCUGUUUUCCAAGGAAUCUGAACUCAAGGCAAAAGAACUUCCUUCAGAGACUACAGCACCAUACACACUUACAACACAACAGCAUGUUGUUAUUCACGAAUCCAAAGCUCUGGAUAAAGAGACUGCAUUCCAUGUUGACCGCCUUCCAGAUGAAGUCACAGCACCAUACUCAGUGCCAGUGGAGACGCCAUUAACAAUUGAAGAGACCAGCCUUCUGGUGAAGGAGUCAGAGUUGAAACCAGAAAAACCAGUCACAGAGAUCACUGCACCUUUUACAAUAUUAACAGAACAGCAUGUUGCUGUGACUGAACAUCCAAGCCUUGAUAAAGAGGAACUAUUUCAGCCAGAAAAGCUGCCUAGAGAGGUCACAGCACCAUUUUCAGUGCCCCUUGAGGAGUCUUUAACAGUAGAAGAAACAAGUCUCCUCACAAAAGAAUCAGAACUGAGGCCAGACACAGUACCUUCAGAAGUUACUGCUCCUUUCUCAGUUCCCACAGAACAGCAUGUUGUGGUAUCAGAGCAGCCAACUCUUGAGAAGGAAGAAUUUCGGCUUGAGGAACUUCCUAACCAAGUUACUGCACCAUUUACUGUACCACUUGAAGAAUCAGUUAUAAUAGAAGAGACAAGCACUUUGGCAAAAGAGUCUGAGCUGAAGCAGGAUGUGCUGCCAGCAAAAGUUACAGCUCCCUUCUCUGUCUCUACAGAAAAGCAUGUUUUAGUGUGUGAUCGCCCAAUUUUUGAAAAAGAAGAAGAAUUUCAGCCCACAGUAUUUCCUCACGAAAUUUCUGCACCAUUUUCAGUGCCACUUCAGGAGUCAAUAGCAGUAGAACAAACAUGCCUUCUCACAAAAGAGACAGAGCUAAAGAAAGAAAAACAUCCUACAGAAGUUAUAGCUCCCUUCUCAUUGCCGACAGACCGGCACAUUGUGAUAUCUGAACGCCCCACUUUUGAGAAGGAAGGAGAUUUCCAGCCUGAAAAGCUUCCUACUGAAGUUACUGCACCAUACUCUGUUCCAUGUGAAGAGUCGCUCACAAUAGAAGAAACAAGUCUUUUAACAAAGGAAUCAGAACUGAGCGAGGAAAAACUCCCAGCAGAAGUUACAGCUCCUUUCUCUGUUUCCACUGAGGAGCAUAUUGUUGUAUUACAGCUUGAAAACCUUGAAAAGGAGGAAGAACUUCAGACUGAAAAAGUUCCAAGGAAACUUACUGCACCAUUUUCAGUACCAGUUCAAGAAUCUAUAGCAGUAGAAGAAACUAGCCUUCUAACAAAGGAAUCAGAAUUGAAGGAGGACAAACUUCCAUCAGAAGUUACAGCUCCAUUUUCAGUUGCAGCUCAGCAGCAUGUUGUAAUAUCACAGUUCCCAGCUCUUGAAAAAGAAGAGGACUUUCAGCCUAGCAAACUUCCUAUCGAAGUUACUGCACCUUAUUCAGUUCCUCUGCAAGAGUCCAUAAUGGUUCAGCAAACAAACAUUCUGGCGAAAGAGUCAGAACUGAAAGAGGAAAAAGUGCCUGAAGUGGUUACAGCUCCUUUCUCAGUUCCAACAGAACAGCACAUUCUGAUAAGUCACCAUCCAGCUCUUGAAAAAGAAGUAGAACUUCAGCCUGAUAAACAACCUAAAGAAAUUACUGCACCUUUCUCAAUACCAUUCGAAGUAUCUUUAACAGUGGAAGAAACAAGUCUUCUCACAAAAGAGUCAGAACUAAAGGAGGAACGAGCUCCUGCACGCAUUGUGGCUCCCUUUUCAGUAUCAACAGCAGAGCACGUUACGGUGUCUGACCAUCCAACUCUUGAAAAAGAAGAGGAACUUCAUGCUGGGGAAAUUCCUAAGGAAGUUACUGUACGCUACUCUUUGCCAUUUGAAGAGUCAUUAACAGUGGAAGAGACGAACAUUCUGGCAAAAGAGUCUGAGUUAAAAGAAGAUAAACUUCCAGCAGAAGUUACAGCUCCUUUCUCUGUUUCAACAAUGGAACACAUUGCAGUGUCUCGCUCUACACUGCUUGAGAAAGAAGAAGAAUUUCAGCCUGGAAAACUUCCUAAAGAAAUAUCCGCAUCUUUCUCAAUACCAUUUGAUGAGCCUUUAUCAGUGGAAGAAACUAGCCUACUGGCAAAGGAGUCAGAGUUAAUGGAAGAUAAACUUCCUGCAGGAGUCACGGCUCCAUUUUCUGUUCUGACUGAGCAGCAUGUUGUCAUCUCAGAGCAUCCAUGUCUCGAAAAAGAAGACAAAUUUCAACCUGGAAAACUUCCCAGUGAAAUUACUGCGCCGUUCUCAGUACGUUUAGAAGAGUCUUUAGCAAUACAGGAAACAAGCCUUCUGGCAAAAGAAUCUGAAUUACCAGAAGAAAAACUUCCUGCUCAAGUCACGCUUCCCUUUUCUCUGCCGACAGAGCAGCACGUCAUGAUAUCAGAGUACCCAACACUUGAAAAAGAAGAGGGUUUCCAGCCAGGAAAGGUUCCUGGGGAAGUCGUGGCGCAAUUUUCAGUUCCAUGUGAAGAGUCACUAAUGAUAGUGGAAACAAGUCUGCUGUCAAAGGAAACUGAACUGGCUCAAGAGAAACUUCCAACAGAAAUAACAGCGCCUUUCUCAGUUUCUACAGAGCAGCACAUAGAAGUAUUACAACCUCAAAACCUUGAGAAAGAAAGAGAAUUUGAAGUUGAGAAAAUUCCGAAGAAAGUAACAGCACCAUUUUCAGUAUCACUUACAGAACCUCUAACAGUAGAAGAAACUAGCUUCCUCACAAAAGAAUCAGAAUUAAAGGAAGAAAAACUUCCUUCAACAGUUACAGCGCCAAUUUCAGUUCCUACUGAGCAACAUGUUGUAGUGUCACAGUUCUCAACUUUAGAAAAAGAAGAGGAGUUUCAGCCUGGGAAACUUCCUGGUGAAGUUACUGCACCUUUCUCAAUUCCAUUGGAAGAGUCGAUAACAGUUCUGCAGGCAAGUAUUCUUACAAAAGAGUCAGAGUUAAAAGAAGAAAAAGUUCCUGAAGAGUUUACAGCUCCUUUUUCAGUUCCCACAGAACAACAUGUUGUAGUGUCAGAGGAUGCUACACUUGAGAAAGAAGAAGAAUUUCAUACGAACAAGCUCCCUAGCGAAAUUAGUGCACCGUAUACAGUUCUACUUGAAGAGUCACUCACAGUGGAGGAAACAAGCCUUUUUGCAAAAGAAGCAGAUAUUAAGGAAGAAAACCUACCCGCAAAGGUUACAGCACCUUUUUCAAUUUCCACAGGAGAGCACAUUUUUAUAACUGACCAGCCAUCCCUUGAGAAGGAAGAAGAAUUUCAGCCUGGAAAGCUUCCUAAAGGAGUGACUGCACCUUUCUCUGUGCCAUUUGAAGAGUCUCUUACAGUUGAAGAGACAAACCUUCUGACGAAGGAGUCAGAUUUAAAAGAGGACAAAUUGCCGGCAGAAACUACAGCUCCUUUCUCAGUUCCGACUGAGGAGCAUGUUGUUGUAUCAGAGCAUCCAUAUCUUGAGAAAGAGGGAGAAUAUCAGGCUGGGAAAAUCCCUAAAGAAGUCACUGCCCCUUUCUCUGUGCCAUUAGAAGAGUCCCUUACAGUGGAAGAGACGAGGUUUCUGACCAAGGAGUCAGAACUAAAGGAGGACAAAAUACCUGCAGAAGCUACAGCUCCUUUCUCAGUUUUGACAGAGCGGCAUGUUGUUGUAUCAGAGCAUCCUCCUCUUGAGAGGGAAAACGAAUUUUACACAGGACAAAUGCCCAGUGAGAUUACAGCGCCAUUUUCAGUACCAUUAGAAGAAUCCUUAACUGUGGUAGAAACAAAUCUUUUGACAAAGGAAUCUCUACUGGAAGAAGAUAAACUUCCUGCAAAAAUUGCCAUACCGUUUUCAGUCCCUACUGAACAACACAUCAUGGUAUUACAACAGCGAGCUUUUGAAAAAGAAGAGGGCUUUCAGCCUCAAAAAAUUCCAGCUGAAAUAACGGCACCAUUUUCAGUACCCCUUGUAGAAUCUGUUACCAUAGAAGAGAUAAACCUCCUGGCGAAAGAAACAGAACUGAAGGAAGAAAAACAAAUUUCAGAAGUUGCAGCUCCUUUCUCAGUUCCUGCUGAGCAGCACAUUUUGGUAUCACAGUUUGCAACGUUUGAAAAAGAAGAGGACUUCCAGCCUGGAAAACUUCCAGGAGAAGUCACAGCACCAUUUUCAGUACCACUACACGAGCCAAUAACAAUUGAACAAACAAGCAUUCUCACGAAGGAGUCAGAACUGAAGGAGCAGAAACUGCCUUCAGAGCUUACUGCUCCAUUUACAAUCGCCACGGAGCAGCAUGUUUUCGUCUCUGAGCAACCAUUUCUUCAAAAAGAAGAGGGAUUUGAGCCUGCAGGUCUUCCCAGUGAAAUCAGUGCACCAUUCACUGUUCCUUCACAGGAAUCAGUGACAGUAGAAGAAACAAGCUCUUUCACAAAAGAAUCCGUGCUCAUAACAAAAGAGCUUCCAAAAGAAACUAAUGCCGUUACCUCACUCCCCACAGAACAGCACAUCAUAGUUUCUGAACUUCCAACACUUGACAAGGAAAGCGUUUUCCUGCCUGGCAAACUCCCCGGUGAGGUUACUGCACCAUAUACUAUACCACUUGAGGAGUCUUUGACAGUACAAGAAAUUAGACAUGUUGCAGAAGUUUCUCAGUUAGCAGCAAAUGAUUUUCCGAAGGAAAUUUCUGCACCAUACUCAAUACCUAAAGAGGAACAUGUAGUAAUAUCUGACCAACCAACCCUGUACAAAGAGCAAGAUUUCCAGGCUGAUAAGAAACCAGGAGAAGUAACUGCACCUUUUUCACUGCCUGUUGCUGAAUCUUUGACCAUUGAGGAGACAAGCUCGCUGUUAAAAGAGUCCAAGUUAGACACAGAGAAACAACCAUCCGAAGUUAGCGCACUCAUGAUGUUGCCUACAGAGCAUCAUGUCACAGUAGUAGAAGAGCGCCCAUCUCUAGACAAAGAGGAGCCACUACAGCUUGAAAAAAUUCCUGGUGAGGUAACUGCACCUUUCUCAAUUGGUCUUAAAGAACCACUAACUGUAGAAGCAACAAAUUUUCUUCUGAAAGAAUCGGAGUUGAAGACAGACCAACGUCCAUCUGAAAUCAGUGCACCAUAUACUAUACCAACAGAUCGACAUGUUUUCAUAUCUCACUCGCAACAGUUUGAUAAGGAGCAAGAACUGGCACCACACACUGCUCCAGAUGAGAUUAAUGCACCGUACUCACUGUUACUAGAAGAAUCAAUAACCAUCGAAGAAAAACAAGUCUUUAGUAAGGAAUCUGAGUUUGCUGUAAAGGAGUCAAACAAGGAGGUAAUAGCUCCUUUCGAUAUUCCAACCGAGCACCAUUUGGUGGUUUCUGACUCCUCAGUUCUUGAAAAAGAAACUAUAUUUAAAUCUGAAGAACUGCCACGCGAAAUGAAAGCUCCUUACACGUUGCCAACGGUGAUUUCACUAACGGUUCAAGAAACACCUGAAUUAUCUAAAGAGUCAGAGUUGCUUUUGAAAAAGCUUCCAGAUGAAUCCCUUGCAUCUCUUUCUAUACCAACCGAAGAGCACAUUACUAUUGUUGAAACAGCUACCUUUUCAAAGGAAGAUGAAUUGCAUACAAAAGUAACAGAAAAGCCAGUUGUUGCUGAGAAAAAUGUGUCUACCCAGGAAACUAUCUCAAUUUUAGAGAUGUCUACAUUGACGAAAGAGAGUGAUUUGGCCUAUGAAGAAAUACCAAAGCACAUGAAAGCCAGUUUUGUUCUAGAUUCUCUAGAACCGAUAACAGUGCAAGAGUUUAACUUUGGCCAAAUGGCUGAUGAAUUUUUCAUUAAAGAAAGACCUGAAGAAAUAAGCCCCAGGGACAUACCUCUUAUUUCAGAUGAAAUCAAGCAUGAAGCACAUGUCCAGGAACCUGUGCCAAAAGAUAAGGAACAAGUUAGUGAAGGUCUAACUAUACAAGAAAUAACUGAAGAAUCCACUCAACACGAAGAGACUUCAUCGUGCAUUGUUGUAGAGGAAGAAAUAUUAGACCAUGCAGAAGCAGGAAUUGAAGUGAAAAAGAAGACAAAAAAGAAGUAUGUCCGAUUUGAUGACACAGCUGGCACCCAGGAAGUUACAGAAGUGCUGCAUACGUUUACCAGAACUGCACCUGAAGGCACCUCACUUAAGAUAGAAGAUGUCACUGAAGAGUAUGAAAAUGCAUCAGAAGUACAAGAAAAAAGCAGUGAAGAGCCUAUAAUUGAAGAAGUUGAAGAGGUGCAACCAACACAGAAAAUCAAGAAAAAGAAAGAAAAGCCAGAUGAACAAAAGCUUACUGAAAUAACACUCCAUCCAAAAAUUGAAGAAACUGAAGAGGAGGAAACCACUUGGAAAGAAGUAACAGUUCAAGAUGAGAAGCAACCGAAAGAUAAGAAGAAAAAGAAGGUACUCAAGAAAAAGAAGCCAGAGGUCACAGAGAUUGAAUUGAAACCAAAAGAAGUAACCCCUGAGGAAAUUCAGGAAGUGAUUGAAGUAAAAGAAAUUGAAGAGAAAGUUGAAGAAGUCACUGAGUUUGACAUCCAGAUUAAGAAGCUGCGCAAGCCUGAAGAAGUAAUCGACAUAACUGUUACAUCAGAAGAAGUACCUCAGCUUGAUGUUAGCCAAGCAAUAAAAAAGCCAAUUGAACUUGAGAGUAUUGAGAAACCAGAAGAGAAGCUUGAAGAAGCACCCGAGGAGAAGCCAGAAGAGCAGAUUGAAGAAAAGCGUAAAGAAAAGAAGAAAAAGAAGGUGGUUAAGAAAAAGGAAAAACCUGAGGUCACAGAAAUUGAGCUAAAACCAAAAGAAGAAGCCCCUGAGCAAAUUCAGGAAGUGAUUGAAGUCAAAGAAAUUGAAGAGAAAGUUGAAGAAAUCACUGAGUUUGACAUCAAUAUUAAGAAGCUGCACAAGCCUGAAGAAGUAAUCGAUAUAACGGUUACAUCAGAAGAAGUACCUCAGCUUGAUGUGACACAAGUGAUUGAAAAGCCAGUUGAACUCGAGAGCAUUGAGAAACGAGAAAAGAAACCUGAAGAAGAAUCUGAGGAGAAGCCAGAAGAGGAGAUCGAAGAGAAGCCUAAGGAAAAGAAGAAAAAGAAGGUGGUUAAGAAAAAGGAAAAGCCUGAGGUCACAGAAAUUGAGCUAAAACCAAAAGAAGCCCCCGAGGAAAUUCAGGAAGUGAUUGAAGUCAAAGAAAUUGAAGAGAAAGUUGAAGAAAUCACUGAGUUUGACAUCACAAUUGAGAAACUGCACAAGCCUGAAGAAGUAAUCGAUAUAACGGUUACAUCAGAAGAAGUACCUCAGCUUGAUGUCACACAAAUGAUUGAAAAGCCAGUUGAGCUUGAAAGUAUUGAGAAACCACAAGAAAAACCUGAAGAAGCACCUGAGGAGAAGCCAGAAGAGCAGAUUGAAGAAAAGCCUAAAGAGAAGAAGAAAAAGAAGGUGGUUAAGAAAAAGGAAAAGCCUGAGGUCACAGAAAUUGAGCUAAAACCAAAAGAAGCCCCCGAUGAAAUUCAGGAAGUGAUUGAAGUCAAGGAAAUUGAAGAGAAAGUGGAAGAAAUUACUGAGUUUGACAUCAAGAUUGAGAAGCUGCGCAAGCCUGAAGAAGUAAUCGAUAUAACGGUUACAUCAGAAGGAGUACCUCAGCUUGAUGUCACACAAAUGAUUGAAAAGCCAGUUGAAGUCGAGAGCAUUGAGAAACGAGAAGACAAGCCUGAAGAAGCCCCCGAGGAGAAGCCAGAAGAGGAGAUCGAAGAAAAGCCUAAAGAAAAGAAGAAAAAGAAGGUGAUUAAGAAGAAGGAAAAGUCAGAGGUCACAGAGGUUGAACUUAAACCAAAAGAAGAAGCCCCCAAGGAAAUUGAGGAAGUGACUGAAAUCAAAGAAAUUGAAGACAAAGUGGAAGAAAUUACUGAGUUUGAUAUCAAGAUUAAGAAGCUGCACAAGCCUGAAGAAGUAAUCGAUAUAACGGUUACAUCAGAAGAAGUACCUCAGCUUGAUGUCACACAAGUUAUUGAAAAGCCAGUUGAACUCGAGAGCACUGAGAAACCAGAAGAAAUGCCUGAAGAAGUCCCUGAAGAAAAGCCGGAAGAGCAGGCUGAAGAAAAGCCUAAAGAAAAGAAGAAAAAGAAGGUGCUUAAGAAAAAGGAAAAGCCUGAGAUCACAGAAAUUGAGCUAAAACCAAAAGAAGAAGCCCCUGAGGAAAUCGAGGAAGUUAUUGAAGUCAAGGAAAUUCAAGAGAAAGUGGAAGAAAUUACUGAGUUUGACAUCAAGAUUGAGAAGCUGCGCAAGCCUGAAGAAGUAAUCGAUAUAACGGUUACAUCAGAAGAAGUACCUCAGCUUGAUGUCACACAAAUGAUUGAAAAGCCAGUUGAAGUCGAGAGCAUUGAGAAACGAGAAGACAAGCCUCAAGAAGCCCCCGAGGAGAAGCCAGAAGAGGAGAUCGAAGAAAAGCCUAAAGAAAAGAAGAAAAAGAAGGUGAUUAAGAAGAAGGAAAAGCCAGAGGUCACAGAGGUUGAACUUAAACCAAAAGAAGAAGCCCCCAAGGAAAUUGAGGAAGUGACUGAAAUCAAAGAAAUUGAAGAGAAAGUGGAAGAAAUUACUGAGUUUGAUAUCAAGAUUAAGAAGCUGCACAAGCCUGAAGAAGUAAUCGAUAUAACGGUUACAUCAGAAGAGGUACCUCAGCUUGAUGUCACACAAAUGAUUGAAAAGCCAGUUGAAGUCGAGAGCAUUGGAAAACGAGAAGAGAAGCCUGAAGAAGCCUCUGAGGAGAAGCCAGAAGAGGAGAUCGAAGAGAAGCCUAAGGAAAAGAAGAAAAAGAAGUUGGUUAAGAAAAAGGAAAAGCCUGAGGUCACAGAAAUUGAGCUAAAACCAAAAGAAGAAGCCCCCGAGGAAAUUCAGGAAGUGAUUGAAGUCAAAGAAAUUGAAGAGAAAGUUGAAGAAGUCACUGAGUCUGACAUCAAAAUUGAGAAGCUGCACAAGCCUGAAGAAGUAAUCGAUAUAACGGUUACAUCAGAAGAAGUACCUCAGCUUGAUGUCACACAAAUGAUUGAAAAGCCAGUUGAAGUCGAGAGCAUUGAGAAACGAGAAGACAAGCCUGAAGAAGCCCCCGAGGAGAAGCCAGAAGAGGAGAUCGAAGAAAAGCCUAAAGAAAAGAAGAAAAAGAAGGUGAUUAAGAAGAAGGAAAAGCCAGAGGUCACAGAAGUUGAACUUAAACCAAAAGAAGAAGCCCCCAAGGAAAUUGAGGAAGUGACUGAAAUCAAAGAAAUUGAAGAGAAAGUGGAAGAAACUACUGAGUUUGAGAUCAAGAUUAAGAAGCUGCACAAGCCUGAAGAAGUAAUCGAUAUAACGGUUACAUCAGAAGAAGUACCUCAGCUUGAUGUCACACAAAUGAUUGAAAAGCCAGUUGAAGUCGAGAGCAUUGAGAAACGAGAAGAGAAGGUUGAAGAAGCCCCCGAGGAGAAGCCAGAAGAGGAGAUCGAAGAAAAGCCUAAAGAAAAGAAGAAAAAGAAGGUGAUUAAGAAGAAAGAAAAGCCAGAGGUCACAGAGGUUGAACUUAAACCAAAAGAAGAAGCCCCCAAGGAAAUUGAGGCAGUGACUGAAAUCAAAGAAAUUGAAGAGAAAGUGGAAGAAAUUACCGAGUUUGACAUCAAGAUUGAGAAGCUGCACAAGCCUGAAGAAGUAAUCGAUAUAAAGGUUACGUCAGAAGAAGUACCUCAGCUUGAUGUCACACAAGUGAUUGAAAAGCCAGUUGAAGUCGAGAGCAUUGAGAAACGAGAUGAGAUGCCUGAAGAAGCCUCUGAGGAGAUUGAAGAGAAGCCUAAGGAAAAGAAGAAAAAGAAGGUGGUUAAGAAAAAGGAAAAGCCUGAGGUCACAGAAAUUGAGCUAAAACCAAAAGAAGAAGCCCCCGAGGAAAUUCAGGAAGUGAUUGAAGUCAAAGAAAUUCAAGAGAAAGUUGAAGAAGUCACUGAGUUUGACAUCAAAAUUGAAAAGCUGCACAAGCCUGAAGAAGUAAUCGAUAUAACGGUUACAUCAGAAGAAGUACCUCAGCUUGAUGUCACACAAAUGAUUGAAAAGCCAGUUGAGCUUGAAAGUAUUGAGAAACCACAAGAAAAACCUGAAGAAGCACCUGAGGAGAAGCCAGAAGAGCAGAUUGAAGAAAAGCCUAAAGAGAAGAAGAAAAAGAAGGUGGUUAAGAAAAAGGAAAAGCCAGAGGUCACAGAGGUUGAACUUAAACCAACAGAAGAAGCCCCCGAGGAAAUUGAGGAAGUGACUGAAAUGAAAGAAAUUGAGGAGAAAGUGGAAGAAAUUACAGAGUUUGACAUCAAGAUUGAAAAGCUACACAAGCCUGAAGAAACAAUGGAUAUAACGGUUACAUCAGAAGAAGUACCUCAGCUUGAUGUCACACAAGUUAUUGAAAAGCCAGUUGAACUCGAGAGCACUGAGAAACCAGAAGAAAUGCCUGAAGAAGUCCCUGAAGAAAAGCCGGAAGAGCAGGCUGAAGAAAAGCCUAAAGAAAAGAAGAAAAAGAAGGUUAUUAAGAAGAAGGAAAAGCCAGAGGUCACAGAGAUUGAACUGAAACCAAAAGAAGAAGCCCCUGAGGAAAUCGAGGAAGUUAUUGAAGUCAAGGAAAUUCAAGAGAAAGUGGAAGAAAUUACUGAGUUUGACAUCAAAAUUGAGAAGCUUCACAAGCCUGAGGAAGUAGUUGAUAUAACAGUCACAUCGGAAGGAAUUCCUCAGCCUGAUGUUACACAAGUGAUAGAAAAACCUAUUGAACUCGAGAGCAUUGAGAAACCAGAAGAAAAGACCCAAGAAGUGCCUGAGCAGAAGCCCGAAGAGCAGAUUGAAGAAAAGCCGAAAGAAAAGAAGAAAAAGAAGGUGACUAAGAAGAAGGAAAAGCCAGAUGUCACAGAGGUUGAACUGAAACCAAGAGAACAAGCCCCCAAGGAAAUGGAGGAAGUGACUGAAAUCAAAGAAAUUGAAGAGAAAGUGGAAGAAAUUACCGAGUUUGACAUCAAGAUUGAGAAGCUUCACAUGCCUGAAGAAGUUGAUAUAACAGUCACAUCGGAAGGAAUACCUCAGCCUGAUGUUACACAAGUUAUAGAAAAACCUAUUGGAUUCGAGAGCAUUGAGAAACCAGAGGAGAAGCCUGAAGAAACCCCCGAGGUUAAGCCAGAAGAGGAGAUCGAAGAAAAGCCUACAGAAAAGAAGAAAAAGAAGGUGAUCAAGAAGAAGGAAAAGCCAGAGGUCACAGAGGUUGAACUUAAACCAAAAGAAGAAGCCCCCACAGAUAUUGAGGAAGUGAUUGAAGUCAAAGAAAUUCAAGAGAAAGUUGAAGAAGUCACUGAGUUUGACAUCAAAAUUGAGAAGCUGCACAAGCCUGAAGAAGUAAUCGAUAUAAAGGUUACGUCAGAAGAAGUACCUCAGCUUGAUGUCACACAAAUGAUUGAAAGGCCAGUUGAAGUCGAGAGCAUUGAGAAACGUGAAGAGAAGCCUGAAGAAGCCCCCGAGGAGAAGCGAGAAGAGGAGAUCGAAGAAAAGCCUAAAGAAAAGAAGAAAAGGAAGGUGAUUAAGAAGAAGGAAAAGCCAGAGGUCACAGAGGUUGAACUUAAACCAAAAGAAGAAGCCCCCGAGGAAAUUGAGGAAGUGACUGAAAUGAAAGAAAUUGAGGAGAAAGUGGAAGAAAUCACAGAGUUUGACAUCAAGAUUGAGAAGCUGCGCAAGCCUGAAGUAAUCGGUAUACCGGUUGCAGCGGAAGAAGUACCUCAACUUGAUGUCACACAAGUUAUUGAAAAGCCAGUUGAACUCGAGAGCAUUGAGAAACCAGAAGAAAUGCCUAAAGAAGCGCCUGAGGAGAAGCCAGAAGAGCAGAUUGAAGAAAAACCUAAAGAAAAGAAGAAAAAGAAGGUUAGUAAGAAGAAGGAAAAGCCAGAGGUCACAGAGGUUGAACUGAAACCAAAAGAAGAAGCCCCCGAGGAAAUUGAAGAAGUGGCUGAAAUCAAAGAAAUUGAAGAGAAAGGGGAAGAAAUUACAGUGUUUGACAUCAAGACUGAGAAGCUUCACAAGCCUGAAGAAGUAGUUGAUAUAACAGUCACAUCGGAAGGAAUACCUCAGCCUGACGUUACACAAGUGAUAGAAAAACCUAUUGAACUCGAGAGCAUUGAGAAACCAGAAGAAAAGCCUGAAGAAGUCACUGAGGAGAAGCCAGAAGAGCAGAUUGAAGAAAAGCCGAAAGAAAAGAAGAAAAAGAAGGUGAUUAAGAAGAAGGAAAAGCCAGAGCUCACAGAGGUUGAACUGAAACCAAAAGAAGCCCCCAAGGAAAUUGAGGAUGUGACUGAAAUCAAAGAAAUUGAAGAGAAAGUAGAAGAAAUUGCAGACUUUGGCAUCAAGAUUGAGGAGCUUCGCAAGCCUGAGGAAGUAGUUGAUAUAACUGUCACAUCUGAAGGAAUACCCCAGCCUGAUGUUACAGAAGUGAUAAAAAAACCUAUUGAACUUAAGAGCAUUGAGAAACCAGAAGAGAAGCCUGAAGAGGCCCCUGAGGAGAAACCAGAUGAGUUGCUCGAGGAAAAGCCUAAAGAAAAGAAGAAGAAGAAGGUUACUAAGAAGAAGGAGAAGCCUGAAGCUGCUGAAGUAGAAUUAACACCAAAAGAAAUACAUCCAGAAGAGGUCUUGGAUGCUGUUGACUCAAAGGAAGUUGAGGAGGCUCCUAAAGUAGAGCUUGUAGAAACUACAAAAAUCCCCGCAAAAGUUGAAGAGGUGGAGGAAUUUGAGAGAACAGUGGAUGAAAGUAUUCCUAAGCCCCAAAAGAAGCCAAAGCAAAAACGCAAGCUUUCUAUAAAGGUUUUAGAUGCAGAAGAUGACGCUACAUCACCCACAAGCGUAGACUUUAAAUUCAUAAAACCAGUUCCCGAAGAAAAAGUUAGCGAGGAGCCUGUAGAACUUGUUUAUGAAACACACAGAGAAGAAACAAUUGAUAUUGAAGUUACAUUAGAGAGCUUACCUCAGCCAACUGUCGAAGAAGUUAAAACAGAACCUUUGAAGAAAGAAGAGGAAGCCACUGAAGCACCCAAAGAACCUGAAGUUUCUCAAGAAAAGAUGCCCGAAGAAAUAGAUACUACUGACAAACCAAAGAUCAUUCGGCCUAAGUCUGAGCAGCCAAAAGUUAAAAGAAGGCCAAAGCAUAGACCUGAUAUCAUACCUGAGGAAGAAGAGUUCUUUUCAGCUGGUGAAAGUGUUGAGUUUGAAGAAAGGGAUGCAGAAAUUUAUGAGCAUACUGACAUAGAACUGGAAGCAGUCACUGUUGAUGAAGCAGAGAUUUUUGAGUCUGCAAUUGGCUCCAGUGAGCUGCCAGUGCUUCAAGAAGCAUUAACCUCAUCUAUGGAACUUCGAUCAACAGAGGAAGCCACUAAAGAGGCACCAGAGGUUAUCUCUCGACCAAAAGAUGAGCUUUUAAUUACAGAGAGGGUGGCCAGCUUCCUUGACACUGUUGAAAGUGCAAAGCUCACUGAAGUACAUGAAGACGAGUCCUUGUUAGAACAGGCUAUUGCAACAACCUUAGUGCCUAGUGAGGUCCCAAGUGCAGAAGAGUUCGAAGUCUCAGUGAAAGAAAGCGAGGAGCUUAUUACUUUAGAAAUGAAAUUAUUUAGUGACACAAUGGAGCAGGAGCAAGAACUGCAAGUGGUCUUUGAAGAAGUGAAAGAAGCACUGGCUCCUGUACAGCCAUCCAUUUCAGAGCAACCAGAGGUUACUCCAAAGAGGAGAAGAAAGGCCCCAGAAAAGCCAGAAGAUGAAGCUCCCCGAGAUAUCACAGCAGAAAAGCCAGAAGAGACACCAAAGCCUGAGGAGGCACCAGAAGAAGUCAAAGUGGAAGAGGCAAAGGCAGAAGAGAAAGCUCCUGAAGAAGCCAAGAUUAAAAUUAAGAAGAAACCCAAAAAGCCAAAAAUUACCGAAGAAGCACCUGAGGAAACUGUCAUUCUGAAGAAGCCAGAAGAAAAACCAGAGGAGACUUCGAAGGAAGUUACAGAAGAUGUCACAGUCUCCUUGCUGGAAAAGCCGGAAGAGGCUCCAAAGCCUGAGGAGGCACCAGAAGAAGUCACAGUGGAAGAGGCAAAACCAGAAGAGAAGGCUCCUGAAGAAGCCAAGAUUAAAAUUAAGAAGAAAACCAAAAAGCCCAAAAUUGCCGAAGAAGCACCUGAGAAAACUGUCAUUCUGAAGAAGCCAGAAGAAAAACCAGAGGAGACUCCGAAGGAAGUUACAGAAGAUGUCACAGUCUCCUUGCUAGAAAAGACGGAAGAGGCUCCAAAGCCUGAGGAGGCACCACAAGAAGUCCCAGUGGAAGAGGCAAAACCAGAAGAGAAAGCUCCUGAAGAAGCCAAGAUUAAAAUUAAGAAGAAAACCAAAAAGUUCAAAAUUACCGAAGAAGCACCGGAGGAAACUGUCAUUCUGAAGAAGCCAGAAGAAAAACCAGAGGAGAUUCCGAAGGAAGUUACAGAAGAUGUCACAGUCUCCUUGCUGGAAAAGCCAGAAGAGGUUCCAAAGCCUGAGGAGGCACCAGAAGAAGUUAAAGUGGAAAAGACCCCUGAGGAAGCAGAACUUAAAGUAAAGAAAAAACGCAAGACGCCGAAGGUUACUGAGGAAGCACCAGAGGAAACUGUCAUCCUAAAGAAACCAGAAGAAAAACCAGAGGAAGUUUCUAAGGAUGCCAUAGAUGUCACAGUCUCCUUGGCAGAAAAGCCAGAAGAGGUUCCAAAGCCUGAAGAAGUACCAGAAGAAGUUAAGGUGGAAGAGGCCAAACCAGAAGAGAAAGCACCUGAAGAAACAGAACUUAAGAUCAAGAAGAAACUCAAAAAGCCCAAGCUUACUGAAGAAGCACCUGAGGAAAUUGUCGUUCUCAAGAAAGCAGAGGAAAAACCAGAGGAGAUUCCUGAGGAAGUUACGGAAGAUGUCACAGUCUUCUUGCUGGAAAAGCCAGAAGAGGUUGGGAAGGCUGAGGAGGCACCAGAAGUCAAAGUGGAAGAGGGAAAACCAGAAGAAAAAGCUCCUGAAGAACCAGAACUUAAGAUCAAGAAACGCAAAAAGCCUGAGAUUACUGAGGAAGCACCUGAGGAAACUGACGUUCUGAAGAAGCCAGAGGAAAAACCAGAGGAGAUUCCGAAGGAAGUUACAGAAGAUGUCACAGUCUCCUUACUGGAAAAGCCGGAAGAGGCUCCAAAGCCUGAGGAGGCACCACAAGAAGUCACAGUGGAAGAGGCAAAACCAGAAGAGAAAGCUCCCGAAGAAGCCAAGAUUAAAAUUAAGAAGAAACCCAAAAAGCCCAAAAUUACCGAGGACGCACUUCAGGAAACUGUCGUACUGAAGAAGCCAGAAGAAAAACCAGAGGAGAUUCCGAAAGAAGUUACAGAAGAUGUCACAGUCUCCUUGCUGGAAAAGCCGGAAGAGGCUCCACAGCCUGAGGAGGCACCAGAAGAAGUCAAAGUGGAAGAGGAAAAAGCAGAAGAGAAAGCUCCUGAAGAAGCCAAGACUAAAAUUAAGAAGAAAACCAAAAAGCCGAAAAUUACCGAAGAAGCACCUGAGGAAACUGUCAUUCUGAAGAAGCCAGAAGAAAAACCAGAGGAAAUUCAGAAGGAAGUUACAGAAGAUGUCACAGUCUCCUUGCUGGAAAAGCCGGAAGAGGCUCCAAAGCCUGAGGAGGCACCACAAGAAGCCACAGUGGAAGAGGCAAAACCAGAAGAGAAAGCUCCUGAAGAAGCCAAGAUUAAAAUUAAGAAGAAACCCAAAAAGCCCAAAAUUACCGAGGAAGCACCUGAGGAAACUGUCGUACUGAAGAAGCCAGAAGAAAAACCAGAGGAGAUUCCGAAAGAAGUUACAGAAGAUGUCACAGUCUCCUUGCUGGAAAAGCCGGAAGAGGCUCCACAGCCUGAGGAGGCACCAGAAGAAGUCAAAGUGGAAGAGGCAAAACCAGAAGAGAAAGCUCCUGAAGAAGCCAAGAUUAAAAUUAAGAAGAAACCCAAAAAGCCUGAGAUUACCGAGGAAGCACCUGAAGAAACUGUCAUUCUGAAGAAGCCAGAAGAAAACCCAGUAGAGAUUCCGAAGGAAGUUACGGAAGAUGUCACGGUGCCCUUGCUGGAAAAGCCGGAAGAGCCAUCAAAGCUCGAGGAGGCGCCAGAAGAUGUCAAAGUGGAAGAGGGAAAACCAGAAGAGAAAGCUCCUGAAGAAGCAGAACUUAAGAUCAAGAAACGCAAAAAGCCUGAGGUUACUGAGGAAGCACCCGAGGAAACUGUUGUUCUGAAGAAGCCAGAAGAAAAACCCGAGGAGCUUCCUCAAGAAAUUGGGGAAGAUUUCACAUCCUCCUUGGAAGAAAAGCCUGAAGAGACUCCGAAGCCAGAGGAGGUACCAGAAGAAGUUAGCAUGGAAGAGGCCAAACCAGAAGACAAGAGAGAAGUCGCCGAAGAGGAGGCUAAACUUACUAUUAAGAAGCCUAAGAAAGUAAAAGUGACAGAAGAGACAGCUGAAGAGAAAGUAACAUUAAAGAAGGUGGAAGAAAAACAUGAAGUUCCUGAGGAAAUCACAGAGGAUGUCACUGUGAAAUUAGAAAAAGCACCAGAGGGAGCUCCUCAGCCUGAAGAAGCUCCUGAAGAAAUUACGAUCGAAGAGAAACCAGAACCAGUUGAGAAAAAGGAUGUUGUAGAAGAGGAGGCCAAGCUCACCAUCAAGAAAAAAUCUAAGAAACCAAAAGUCAUUGAAGAGGCACCUGAAGAGACAAUGACAGUGAAAAAGCCUGUGGAAAAAACAGAACGUCCUGAAGAAAUCUCUGAGGAUAUCACUGUGACAUUAGAAGAAAAACCAAAAGAAACUCCAAAGCCUGAGGAAGCUCCUGAAGAACUUAUAAUCGAAGAGAAACCUGAACCAGUGGAGAAAAAGGAGAUUGUAGAAGAGGAGGCCAAGCUCACCAUCAAAAAGAAGCCCAAGAAACCAAAAUUCACUGAGGAGGCACCUGAGGAGACCGUUACAGUGAAGAAACCCGAAGAACAACCAGAAGAACAUCCGGAGGAAAUCACUGAGGAUGUCACUGUGACAUUAGAAGAAAAACCAAAGGAAAUUUCUAAGCUUGAAGAAGCUCCUGAAGAACUAAAGAUCGAAGAGAAACCUAAACCAGUUGAGAAAAAGGAUAUUGCAGAAGAGGAGGCCAAGCUUACCAUCAAAAAGAAACCCAAGAAACCAAAAGUCAUUAAAGAGGCACCUGAAGAGACAGUGACACUGAAGAAGCCUGAAGAACAGCUGGAAGAACGUCUAGAGGAAAUCACCGAGGAUGUUACUGUUACAUUGGAAGAAAAGCCAAAGGAAACUGCAAGGCCUGAAGAAGCUCCAGAAGAACUGACGAUAGACGAGAAACCUAAACCAGUUGAGAAAAGGGAAUUUACAGAAGAGGAGGCCAAGCUUACCAUCAAAAAGAAGCCCAAGAGACCAAAAGUCAUUGAAGAGGCACCUGAGGAGACUGUUACAGUGAAGAAGCCCGAAGAACAACCGGAGGAACGUCCUGAAGAAAUCAGUGAGGAUGUCACUAUAACAUUAGAAGAAAAGCCAAAGGAAACUCCUCAGCCUGAACAAGCUCCUGAAGAGCUGACGGUUGAAGAGAAACCUAAACCAGUUGAGAAAAAGGAAGUUGUAGAAGAGGAAGCCAAGCUCACCAUCAAAAAGAAACCAAAGAAACCGAAAGUCAUUGAAGAGGCACCUGAGGAGACUGUUACAGUGAAGAAGCCUGAGGAACAACCGGAAGAACGUCCUGAGGAAGUUACUGAGGAUGUCACUAUGAUAUUAGAAGAAAAACCAAAGGAAACUCCUAAGCCUGAAGAAGCUCCUGAAGAGCUGACGGUCGAAGAGAAACCUAAACCAGUUGAGAUAAAGGAAGUUGUAGAAGAGGAGGCGAAGCUAAGCAUCAAAAAGAAACCAAAGAAGCCGAAAAUCAUUGAAGAGGCACCUGAGGAGACUGUGACACUUAAAAAGCCUGAGGAACGACCGGAAGAACGUCCUGAGGAAGUUACUGAGGAUGUCACUAUGAUAUUAGAAGAAAAACCAAAGGAAACUCCUAAGCCUGAAGAAGCUCCUGAAGAACUGACGGUCGAAGAGAAACCUAAACCAGUUGAGAAAAAGGAAGUUGUAGAAGAGGAAGCCAAGCUCACCAUCAAAAAGAAACCAAAGAAACCAAAAGUCAUUGAAGAGGCACCUGAGGAGACUGUUACAGUGAAGAAGCCCGAAGAACAACCGGAGGAACGUCGUGAAGAAAUCAGUGAGGAUGUCACUAUAACUUUAGAAGAAAAGCCAAAGGAAACUCCUAAGCCUGAAGAAGCUCCGGAAGAACUGACGAUUGAAGAGAAACCUAAACCGGUUGAGAAAAAAGAAGUUGUAGAAGAGGAAGCCAAGCUCACCAUCAAAAAGAAACGAAAGAAAUCAAAAGUCAUUGAAGAGGCACCUGAGGAGACUGUUACAGUGAAGAAGCCUGACGAACAACCAGAGGAACGUCGUGAAGAAAUCAGUGAGGAUGUCACUAUAACUUUAGAAGAAAAGCCAAAGGAAACUUUUAAGCCUGAAGAAGCUCCGGAAGAACUGACGAUUGAAGAGAAACCUAAACCAGUUAAGAAAAAAGAAGUAGAAGAGGAGGCGAAGCUUACCAUCAAAAAGAAACCAAAGAAGCCGAAAAUCAUUGAAGAGGCACCUGAGGAGACUGUGACACUUAAGAAGCCUGAGGAACAAGCGGAAGAACGUCCUGAGGAAGUUACUGAGGAUGUCACUAUGACAUUAGAAGAAAAACCAAAGGAAAGUCCUAAGCCUGAAGAAGCUCCUGAAGAACUGACGAUUGAAGAGAAACCUAAACCGGUUGAGAAAAAAGAAGUUGUAGAAGAGGAAGCCAAGCUCACCAUCAAAAAGAAACCAAAGAAACCAAAAGUCAUUGAUGAGGCACCUGAGGAGACUGUGACACUUAAGAAGCCUGAAGAACAACCAGAAGAACGUCCUCAGGAAGUUACUGAGGAUGUCACUGUGACAUUAGAAGAAAAACCAAAGGAAACUACAAUGUCUGAAGAAGCUCCUGAAGAACUGACGAUUGAAGAGAAACCUAAACCAGUUGAGAAAAAAGAAGUUGUAGAAGAGGAGGCCAAGCUUACUAUCAAAAAGAAACCAAAGAAGCCGAAAAUUAUUGAAGAGGCACCUGAGGAGACUGUGACGCUUAAGAAGCCUGAGGAACAACCGGAAGAACGUCCUGAGGAAGUUACUGAGGAUGUCACUAUGACAUUAGAAGAAAAACCAAAGGAAAGUCCUAAGCCUGAAGAAGCUCCUGAAGAACUGACGAUUGAAGAGAAACCUAAACUGGUUGAGAAAAAGGAAGUCGUAGAAGAGGAGGCCAAGCUUACCAUCAAAAAGAAACCAAAGAAGCCGAAAAUCAUUGAUGAGGCACCUGAGGAGACUGUGACACUUAAGAAGCCUGAAGAACAACCAGAAGAACGUCCUCAGGAAGUUACUGAGGAUGUCACUGUGACAUUAGAAGAAAAACCAAAGGAAACUACAAUGUCUGAAGAAGCUCCUGAAGAACUGACGAUCGAAGAGAAACCUAAACCAGUAGAGAAAAGGGUAGUCGUAGAAGAGGAGGCCAAGCUUACCAUCAAAAAGAAACCCAAGAAACCAAAAUUCGCUGAGGAGGCACCUGAAGAAACUGUGACGCUUAAGAAACCUGAGGAACAACCGGAAGAACGUCCUGAGGAAGUUAGUGAGGAUGUCACUGUGACAUUAGAAGAAAAACCAAAGGAAACUCCAAUGCCUGAAGAAGCUCCUGAAGAACUGACCAUCGAAGAGAAACCUAAACCAGUAGAGAAAAGGGUAGUCGUAGAAGAGGAGGCCAAGCUUACCAUCAAAAAGAAACCCAAGAAACCAAAAUUCGCUGAGGAGGCACCUGAAGAAACUGUGACGCUUAAGAAACCUGAGGAACAACCGGAAGAACGUCCUGAGGAAGUUAGUGAGGAUGUCACUGUGACAUUAGAAGAAAAACCAAAGGAAACUCCAAUGCCUGAAGAAGCUCCUGAAGAACUGACCAUCGAAGAGAAACCUAAACCAGUUGAGAAAAGGGAAUUUGUAGAAGAGGAGGCCAAGCUUACCAUCAAAAAGAAACCCAAGAAACCAAAAUUCGCUGAGGAGGCACCUGAAGAGACUGUGACACUGAAGAAGCCUGAAGAACAGCUGGAAGAACAUCCAGAAGAAAUCAGUGAGGAUGUCACUAUAACUUUAGAAGAAAAGCCAAAGGAAGCUCCAAAGCCUGAAGAAGCUCCUGAAGAACUGACGAUCGAAGAAAAACGUAAACCAGUUAAGAAAACGGAUGUUGUAGAAGAGGAGGCCAAACUAACUAUUAAGAAGCCAAGAAAGCCAGAAAUUCAUGAUGAAUUACCUGAAGAAAUUCCAACAGUCACUUUAAGAAAAAGGGUCUCAAAACCUCAAGCUCUUGAAGAUGUUAGUGAAAAGUUUACACUACCUCUUCAAGAAGAAGCCCCCGCCCCAAGACAAUAUGAUGAAGUUCAAGAAAUGUUUGAGCUGAAGGUGCCUCGUAAAUUUAGCGCAAUUGAUACUGAUUUCUCUUUAAAGGCAGAAGGUGAAGAUCAAGCUCCACAAGAGGAUACACUUCACCUUGAUCUUGCUUCCAAAGAACAGGAAUGCACAGUAACAGAAGCUUCAGAUGAAUUCAAGAUUGUCCUUCAGCAGCCUCAAGAUGAAGAAGAGGAUGUUGAAAUAAUUGAGUAUGUGGCCGUCACAACUUACAUCACAGAAGAGGAGGAUGGUUUGGACCUUGAGGAAGGCGAGCAUGUUAUAUUGGUGGAACGAAAAACUGAGGAACGAUGGCUUGUGCGAAAGACUAUCACCAGAGAGAAGGGAAUAGUUCCAAAGUCCAUCUUACAAGAUGUUGCGUCUUACAAUCAGCUUCUGGACCAAGUUUUGGAAGAAAAAAUUGGCAAGCUUCCUGUAUUCGGGAAGCUACUUCCUGGAGAAAAAAUGACAGCACCCAAAUUCCUUGAGAAGAUCAAGCCAACAGAGGUUGAAAAAGGACAGCCAGCAACGUUCCAGUGCCAAGUACAAGGUAAUCCACGGCCACAUGUGACUUGGUUCAAGCAGACACGAAUCAUAAAAUCAACAACAGAAUUCGAGAUUUAUUACGAUGAAGAAAAUGUGAGCACCCUUGUCAUUAAUGAAGUCUUCCCAGAAGAUGCAGGAACAUACACUGUGGUUGCCAAGAACCCAGCAGGCUUUGCAUCAUGCUCAGCUGACUUAACUGUGCAAGAAUUCAUCAGUGAGCAGACUAUCUCAAGACGCACCGUAUCGAGGUCAUCAUCAUUACUGGACUUAUUGGUGGAAGGAAUUCCUCCUGUUUUUUCAGCACCUUUGCGGCCUCACUUGAAGGUUGAUGAAGGGACCACGCUGACUCUUGUCAUAAAAGUCACUGGCACUCCCGAGCCGGAGGUAACCCUCAAGGUGAACGACAAACCCCUCAAUGAGAAAAACAAUAAGCGACUCUCAGUUACGAAAACAAAAGAAGAUCACAAUUUCAUCAACGUGACAUUUGUCUUGAAAGAUGUGAAACCAGGUGAUGCUGGUACAUAUGAAGUUACAGCUGAAAACUGUGAAGGAACUGUAACCAGUCACAUUGAUGUCGAAGUGAUAGAGAAGCCCAAGGAAGAGCAAGAACCACCAAAAUUUACACAGACUUUCAGCGACACAGUGGUUACAGAAGAAGAAACAGUAAGACUAAUUGUAAAGUACACUGGAAAACCAAACCCCACUGUCACGUGGUAUAGAGAUGAUAAGCCAGUACAUAAAGACAGCAAAAAAAUUAUAAUUCAAGAGGAUGAAUCAACAUCCACCCUCGAGAUACCCAAGUCUGACGUGACUGAUACUGCAAAGUACACAUGCACUGCAUCCAACCCUGCAGGCAAAGUCACACACACUGCCAAAGUGACUGUGCAAGAACCAAACCUCACAUUUGUGGAGAAGCUUGAAGAUGUAGAGGUAAAAGAAAACCACGUGGCCAUGUUUGUCACAAAGACAAACCGGCCAGUUGAUCAUGUCACUUGGUGCAAAGAUGGAGAGCCAAUUAAACUUGACGAGCCACAAGAAAAAUACCAAGCAAUCUCUGAAGGUCCCUAUCAGAAGCUUGUGAUCAAGAACGCUAGUAUCAAAGAUGAAGGUGAAUACACAUGUGUACUAGGAGACGAGGAGACAUCAGCAGACUUAGUUGUCAUUGAGCUGCCUCCAGAGAUAACCACCUUUAUGACAGACCAAACUGUUGCAAAGGAUGACACAGCUCAGUUUUUCAUUGAACUGACCAAAGGUGAUGCAUUGGUUCGUUGGUUCAAAGAUGGGAAAGAGCUGCAGUUCAGCGACCGUGUCAGACUAAAAAUUGAUGGGAAACGCCAAGUCUUAGUAAUUAAAAAUUCUGUUCUACAAGAUGCUGGACGCUACACUUGUAAAGUUGGCGAUCAGUCAUGCAGUGCUCGCCUCACUGUUGAACCCCCAUCUGUUGAGUUCACUGCAAGACUACCGGAGAAAACAACUGUGCCUCAAGAUACAGAUGCCGUUUUUGAGGUGGCAUUGUCACAAGCAGAUGUUGACGUUGUCUGGAUGAAGAAUGGAAAGCCCAUUCCAAUGGACCAACGUUUCAAAUUUGUUAAAGAGGAGAAGGUCAGGCGACUUGUGGUACCUUGUGUUGACAAAGAUGACACUGCUGAAUACACAUGCGUGGCUGGAAAUGUCAAGACUUCUACAAUACUACAUGUUGAAGAUGCUGAUGCCGAAUUCACACUACGACUGCACGACGUGAUUGUCCGUGAAAGCGAUACUGUUACACUACUCGUUGAAGUGUCACGAGAGACACUUGAAGUCCGGUGGAUGAAGGACGGUGACUUAAUCCAACCAUCUGAAAAGGUCGUCGUUACAACAGAAGGGAAAAGUAGGAAGUUAAUAAUACGUGAGAGCUCAAUGGAUGAUCAAGGUGUCUACUCUUGUGUUCUGAAGGAUAAGAAGUGUUCAUCCUCUGUCCUUGUUCAUGCACCUCCAAAGAUUACCACGGACAAGCAAGCCUUCUCAAGUAGAAAAGGAACAACAUUGAAACUACCCAUACCCUACACUGGCAUUCCACAACCAACAGCAACCUGGAAACUGAAUGGACAGCCACUAGAGCCAGUCAAAAACAAGAUCAUCCAAGAAAUUUCACCCCAAGAGGCAACACUGACAAUAAAAGAUCUGAAACCCACAGACACUGGAACUGUGACACUCACUCUCAAAAAUUCUUGUGGUGAAUGUAGCAAACCAUUUAAUGUCACAUGCAUCGAAAAGCCCAGUGCACCAGGGGUGCCUGAGCCUUCAGAUAUAUCCAGUACUGGCUCCCUUGUGCUGUCCUGGAAACCACCGCAAUCUGAUGGAGGUUCCAAGAUCACAAAUUACAUUGUCGAAUACCAUGAUCGAAACACACUUCGUUGGGCGCUUUAUUCUGACACCAUUCAGGACACCUUCACAAAAGUGGAGGGUCUGUCACCCAAUGAAGAAUACAUGUUCCGUGUCACAGCUGAGAAUGAAGCUGGAAAAGGUGAUCCUUCUCAAGGCACUAAAUAUAUUCCUAUUCAGCCAAAAGCUGGGGAGCCACCAGUCAUCUUAGAGCACCUGACUGACAAGGCUGUUGGUGUGAAAAAACCAGCAGAAUUAACGUGUAGAGUAGCUGGGAAUCCUACACCUGCAGUCAAAUGGCUUAAAAAUGGCAAAGAUCUCGUCAUGAUCAGCAACUUUAGUGCUGAAUUCAAGGAUCAGAAGGCUACACUUCGUAUUAAAGAGGCGUCUACAAAGUCAGGAGGAAAAUACACAUGUAAAGCAACUAAUCCACAUGGUUCCACAGAAACAACAUGCACACUGUCUGUCCAAGAUCCACCACGGGCCGACUUUGAUGAAAAACUUCGGAAUGUCCGCAUCAAUAAGCAUGAGGCAUUCAAGGUUCCCUGCACCAUUCAUGGAUUUCCAAAGCCCGCCAUCACAUGGUUACGCGACGGGGCACCCAUUCAAUCAACCAAGCAUACGCUCAUAACAGACAAGGAUGAUACUUCGACCAUUACGAUCCAUAGUACAGAGGGGCCAGAUUCUGGUGUUUAUACACUUGAACUAAAAAAUACAGCUGGGAGCAUCAGCUAUGAUUUCAAGCUCAGAGUGCUUGACAAGCCAGGUCCACCUGAAGCACCCAUUCAAUUCCUGGAAACUGCCGGAGACCAUAUCACAUUGUCAUGGCAGCCACCCCUGGAUGAUGGAGGGUCACCGCUUACAAAGUACAUUGUUGAACGCUGCGAGACUACAAGAACAGUCUUUGUUGAGGUUGGAACAACUCAGCCAGACACCACCACGCUCAGAGAUCCUGAUGUGAAUGAAGCGAGCGAGUACCUUUACAGGAUCUCAGCUGUCAAUGAAUAUGGCAUUAGCGUACCACUCACUUCUGAACCUGUACUGGCCCGCUGUCCGUAUGAUAAACCAUCUGCACCAGAAGGGCCACUGAAGACUGCAAAGAUGACGGACAAUUCAUUGGUAUUGACAUGGCAGGAGCCACUGUCUGAUGGUGGACGCCCUAUAAUUGAAUAUACAGUUGAAAAACGUGAGGCCUCUAAGAAGGCCUGGAUUAAAGUUGGGACAACAGAGAGUUUGUCCAUGGAAGUUUCGAACCUCAAAUCAGACAAUGCGUAUAUCUUCCGAGUUACAUGUCGCAAUGAAAUUGGCAGCAGUCCACCACUUACAAGUGACGAGCCAAUAACAGUCCAUGCCCAAAUACAACCUCCAGAUGCACCCACUGGCCCCUUACACAUCUCUGAUGUAACGAACAAAACUGCAACACUCACAUGGAGUCCACCUGCAUUUGACGGAGGCUCUCCCAUCAUUGCCUAUGUUGUGGAGCACCUCAGUGAGGACCAGGCAACUGCUGACAUGCCUAAGUGGGUGACAGUUGCCAAUGUGGAUGGAGGAACGAUGACACAUCGUGUUGUGAGCUUGAGUGACAAAACGAGGCAUCGAUUCCGAGUUCGUGCAGAAAAUGUUGCUGGUACUGGGCCACCUCUAGAGGACAGUGGUGAAUGGCAGGCACUACCAGCAGCAGCCGACCGCCCAACUCCACCAACAGCACCACUUGAGAUCCUGGUAACUGGUCCAAACUCUAUGGAUGUUUCAUGGGGACGCCCAGAAUGGGAUGGUGGGUCUCCGCUUCUCGGCUACACUGCAGCACUCAGGGACACAUCACGGACAAUGUGGAUGGAGGUGGGCCAAGUCGAUGCUGAAACUCUGCGUCUUCACAUCAGAGACCUCGAGGAAGGGGCGCAGUACCACGUACGCAUCUUGGCUCGAAACGAUGUUGGCUUCUCUGACCCACUUGAAUCGGAAGAGCCCAUAACUAUUUUACGACCCCCAGGAUUUCAAGAUCAAGCUGCUGCCUCACCAGAGAAGAAGCCAAAGGCGAAACCUGAUGAGCCAUCUGAGGACAGCUGCACAACCCAGACAACUUCAUCGUGGAUAAGAGAAGCCAAUGUUGAGCCCUUGCUUCACAGUUACACCAAACAUGUGUUGGUCAGCCGCAACGAGUAUUUCUUCAGGUUGUGGCAUUAUGCUGACACACUUUUUAAGUAAGAUAAGAACAUUACUUAUUCCUUCAGUCCAUACACCCUGCACCUUUUCAUUCACAUAUGUGCUCCUUAAUUUCAAAACACAGAAUUAAUUUGGGUAAAAAGACAAAAGUUAUGUUACUUUAAUACUGUGACAUAUCAUUGCUGUGACGUAACCAAGGUGCACCACAUAUCAUACAUUCUCCUCGCAAGCUUGUAUAUUUCCUUAAGUGGAGACAUUUUUGUACCAUAUGAAGAGAGAAAAUAACAUAAUGAGUCAUUUUGUGAUACAAAGACUGCAAACAGCUCAUGACAGCAGUUUGCAGAAUGGCGUAAAUAAGCAGUGUAUCCUUGCCUGUUUCAAUGAAUUCAAGAUGUAAGGAACGCUGAUUUAUUUGUUUUGGUAACACCAAUUUAAAGUUGAAACUGGUACAAAGCUACGGUAAUCCUCACGGGCUCAAAAUUAGCCCGACUGUAAUUUUGUGUCAAUUUCACCUUCACGGUCUUUUAUUGUGACGUGCAAGACUGUUUGUUAGUUUAAUUUUGUUGUUUGUGAAUAAAAGUUGUGUUGUUACCGAA